ACUCCGAGCCGCGCUCUCUCGCACGCCCAGGGGAAUUGGGAGAGUUGUGAGGAGUCGUCAAGGUGCUGCCGCCGCCGCCGUUGGGUUUCCCCUCCCCCUCCCAACGGUUUCUCCACGGGCUACACAGUGAGUGUGACGUCGUGGCCGCGACCCUGGAGGGAGGGGUCGGGGUGUGUGAGGGGGGGGGGUCCUUUAUGACGAGAAAGAAGCAGCGGCAGCUUCUCCCCACCCGUGACGGGAAAAUGUUCUUUUUAAAUAGUUUACGGUGGGUGGGGGGGCGCUCUGAGGGGAGGCUUCCCUUCUUGGCUGGGGAAACGUCUUAGACUUCGCUGAGGAAUUCGUGGGAUAGUGAGUAGUAGACACACACACAUAGAUAAAUAAAUAAAAAUAAAAAUCACAGGUUACCAUGUUGGUCUUAUUCGAAAACCACCCCCAGAUGACGCUCACAUAAUAGUCCUGCUGGUAUGGGAUACAGAGCAGCCAAGGCCCCUUCGCCCCUCCCCAAAUAAAAUAUUUGAGGGGCCAGCCCCUCCCCCAAAGUUGAUGGACAUUGCCAUUCAAAUUGUGUGUUUGUGUUGUGUGUUGCACCAUGUGACCAACUAUUCCAGGCAGGGCUUAUAUUGAUUGAUUGAUUGAUUGAUUGAUUGAAUUUAUAUACCUCCCUAUACACGGAGGUCACAGGGCAGUUCACAAAUAUUAUUUAUUGAAUUUAUAUUCAAUAUAUACCUUCACCCCAAUUAUUAUUAUUAUUAGAAUUUAUACACUGCCCUAUACCCAGAGGUCUCAGGGCAGUUCACAGAUAUUAUUAUUUAUUGAAUUUAUAUGCAAUAUAUAUCUGUCCCCCAUUGGCACCCCAGUUGGAAUACCAAGGAGAAGUAGGACUGCAAAAAAUGGGGUGCAAGAUGGAAAGCUGGAAAUCUUGCUAGCUGAGACUCUUCGUCUCGGGGUUGUGGGCAAAAUAUUCCUGCAGUGCAGGGGGGUUGAGCUAGAUGACCCUUGUGGUCCCUUCCAACUCUACAAUUCUGCAAACUCCUCUUUUUUGGAGGGCGGGCGGGGGAGAGAAUAAGACGCUGUUGCUCCUGCAAUCCCAUUAAGCAAUUGGGAUCAUUGGAAGGGGCGCCUCUUGUUGAAGUUGACUGUCUGCCCAACUCUCACAGGUUGGGUUGCUGGGUCAGUUUGUGUAGCUGUGAAAGGCAUAUUGUGGCUGCUGCUCUGGAAUUUCCAGAGGCUUGCAGCUCCAGAGCCCUUUCUAUUCUUUUCUCGUCCUUUUGGGGGGUUCAUUGUGGAGCUGGCCUUUAAAAACACACACAUACACACCACUUGAAUGGUGGGUUUACUUCUAGCCUGUUGUUCAAUGUGCCUAGAGAGGCUUCUAAGUGUGGCUGUAGAGGUCGCUAGGAUCUAAGCAACUGCACUGUGUAAGCAGGACUACAGCCGUAAAUAUUUAAUGUUAAAUAUAUGUUAAAUGUACGGUACAUUGUUAAGGCUAUUUAAGGCAAAUGGAUACCAAUUUAAAAGCUUCGGGGGUUGCCAUUCUGUGCUGUACUAUCUGUCCUGCCUGCUGCAUUUGUACACGCAAUGCAGUUCAAAAGACAGUUGCCAAAUAAUAGGAAGGGCCAUAGCUCAGUGUUAGAGCAAAGAUCCUAAAUUUCAUCUCUGGCAUUUAAUGGUAAAGCUGGGAAAAUGCCCGUCUCAGACCCCAGAGAACUGCUGCUCCCAAUCAAUAUAAAUAAUACUGAGCUAGAUGGACCAGUGGUUUGAAUUGGUUUAAGGCAGCUUCCCAUGCAAAUAAAUGCAGCCUAUAUAUCGACCAGGGAUGCGGGUGGCGCCGUGGGUUAAACCACAGAGCCUAGGACUUGCCAAUCAGAAGGUUGGCGGUUCGAAUCCCUGCAAUGGGGUGAGUUCGUGUUGCUCGGUCCCUGCUCCUGUCAACCUAGCAGUUUGAAAGCACAUCAAAGUGCAAGUAGAUAAAUAGGUACCACUCUGGUGAGAAGGUAAACGGCGUUUCCGUACGCUGCUCUGGUUCGCCAGAAACGGCUUAGUCAUGCUGGCCACAUGACCUGGAAGCUGUACGCCGGCUCCCUCGGCCAAUAAAGCAAGAUGAUUGCUGCAACCCCAGAGUCGGCCACGACUGGACCCUAAUGGCCAGGGGUCCCUUUACUUUACCUAUAUCGACCAUCUCCAACUUGCAGUUCAUUAUCUUUGACUAUUGGCUUUGCUGGCUGAGGCUGAUGGAAGUGGCAGCCCAAAACACCUGGAGGGCACCAAGUUUUGGGAGGCUUCUGCAGCUUAUAUACCAGGGAUCCUCCAGAUGUUGUUAAACCCCCCAACGCACAUCAGUCUCACCCAGCAUGGCCAGUGCUCAGUGAUGAUGGAAAUUAUAGCCCAGCAACACCAGGAAAGGCACAUCUUCCCCAUGUCUACUAUAUGUGAAAGGUGUGUGUGCAUGAGAAGAAAGGAAACAAAUGCCUUGGGUUUUUUAUGGGUGCAAUUAGAAAUUUACAUAUUCUGUCAAAAUAAAUGCAUUUUGAUUUCUAAUUUGAGCAAGCCUAAAAGCAGGAAACAAUAUUAACCUAUUCAAGGAAUUAGACAAUAAUGUCUAUUAUUGAUUAACCUCCCGAGAACAAUGAUUGUUCAAAUUAAAUUACUGCUGUGAAACUGUAAAAAGAAAAAAGGCAUGAUCAUAAUGCUUGACACAUGGUGGUGUUUUAAUGAUGAAGUUUGUAGAAUGGGAAAAAUAUUAAGUUUGAUGGUGAUUGUAAUCAAAGUAUUUAUUUCAUGGGUUUCUGCCAUGGGAAAACUGGGGGAAAUGGAAGUAUUCAAACAGGUGUAUUUUGCUUCAUUCGCCAAAAUAUAUUUUCUUGAGUUGUUCGGAAAGAAGAUAAAAAGUAGAUUAAAAAAUUGAAUAAGUGUAUGUGUAUGUGCAUGCACACAUCUGUUAUACAUUGUAUAACAUGUUUUGGGUGAUGUGGCUAAACCAGAUUUCUCUGGUCAAUGUUUUCCAUUUGUAAGCAAACUAAGGUGACCAAUGUAAUCAUUCUUUUGCUUUUCCUGUCAUCUAAAGCAAAUAUUUGCUUUUUAAUAGGUAUAUACUUGAUACACCUGCUUUGUAUGUAUAAUGUGUAUUUGGUUGGGUGUAGUGCAGGAAGAAUAGGACAUGCAUCCUGAGUUUGGCAAUGAUUCAGGUUUGUUCUGGUAGAUAGUUCAGAACAAUCUUGUCUUGCACCUUGUACCAGACUCCUGCCUUAACUAUCAGUGAAAGCACCCACAUUAGAACCAAAAAUCCUGCGUAGGCCAAAGUUAUGUUUCUCUGCAUGCCAGUAAUCCAGAGCUCUGUAUUUUCUUCACUUAAAAAUAAAAUAAUGGGAAAAGAAUAGAGUAGGUACUGAUACUCCAUAUUCUUUGUCAAGGAAAGCUAAAUUCUGUGACAGUGCAAUUUUUUAUACAUUUGAUUUGUGUAUAUUACCUUGCUUCCACUAGUUAGUGGAGGUACAAAACAUUAUAUAAGCCUCUUGGUAACCAGAAAUCUUGCUUACUGCUCUCUCAUACCAGAGGUUUCACUAGGCAUUAUCCUUACUGUUUCUAAAAAGAAAAAAGAGAUUUUCAGGAUGCUCAAUUUUAUAUUCCUGUAUGUAUAUAUGUAUGUAUGUAUGUAAAUUUCUACACUGCCCUUUUCCCAAAGGUCACAGGGCAGUUUAAAAUAUAAAACACAAAAUAUAUACCAUAGUACCAAACGAAAAUCAUACCCCCCAGUAUUAGCAUUCCAGUACCCAUCUCUGUACUUGUGAAAUGUGAUUUGUGAACUACCUGGAUCUUUUAAGGACAAUUCAAGAAAGGAAAAGACUUGGGGCAAUGUAAUGUGUGGCAAUUGUAAGAUAGGCAAACAUUCCAGUAAUACAGGUUGAGGCGUUUCUGGCCCACUGCUUAGAGAAGAAAUGUCUGGAAAGGGUGUGAACAGCCUUAUUUAUAUUUGAGAUACAGGUAGCAAUCAUUCAGAAAUCAGAUUGAAGUUUUGCAAGAUUUGGAUAGAUUGGAAUAAUUUUUGAAAUAGGAUGUUGAUAGGAGACAGUUUGGCCUUGGUUGUAAGUUCAGCAACUAGUAAGAGCACUGUGAUUAGAAAUUUCCUCUCUUUUGGAGCCCUGUUUGGGGGUGAACUGUAGAAAGGAGCCUGGUCUACCUGAGUAGACUCCCUCUCAGACUUAAAACCAUGAUUGUGCAGCAAGACUGUGCACUGAGAACAGGCUCCUCCACAGACAUGUCCCUGCAGCAAGUGGAUGAUGGGGCUAGGUUGGUAGGGAUACUGGUACAAGGCCAGUGGGUGCAGCCUCUCAUCUGAAUGUUAUUCUCAUGAAGAUUAAUUCCAAAUAGGGCUGCAGGGUGUUGAUGGCUAUCUCAGGGACAUGGGUUCAAGCCCCAGUUUGGGCCCCCUUGCAGGGAAUUGGACUUGAUGACUCUCAUGGUCCCUUCCUACUCUACAAUUCUGUGUUCUUGCCUGAUCAACAAAUCUAUGGCUUAACACUCCCACAAUUUGAAGCAAUGUUUGGUUUAGUCGUCUUUCCAGCGACCAUCUGGACAGCUCUCCUGACUGUUGAUGGAAGUAGGUAGCAUACUUCCCUAUACCAGUAUACUCUUCAGAAAAAAUCUUUCAGUUACUGUUGGAAUUUCUGCCUUUACAACAGCAGUGAUUAAUUUGGAAACAACACAUAAUAUUCAGCAGCAAAUGUGUAUUUGCUUCCAUAGUGUGCAUGUGACAUGGAACUUGGGUCUUAUAUAAAGCCAUGGGUGUUCAUGCCAUGUACAUAUGUAACCUUUUUGUGUACUUGUAAAAUAUUUUAGUAUGUAAAGCAGCCAUUAGCAGUCCUAGUGUAUUCCAGGGUCUAUUAUCCUUACCACAUGAACUUGCAGACAUAAUUCUACAUGCCACUGCCCAAAAUGUGGUGAAGGGAGAAAAGUAAAAUCUAAAAUACAUUACCAUGAUUUUAAUAAGAAUUGUAUUUCCGGAGAGCUUGUUACAAGGGCAAAUGGGUUUGGAAAAGUUAUUGAUUUUUCGCUUCAGUGGGGAGAAAAUGAACAAUGACAGUUAGGUCAAUACUCUUAUGCUGGUGAAGCUCCAUGUACAUCAUGUAGUAAGGAAUUUGAUAGGAAGCAUUACCUUAAGUUGUCCUUGGUAAGGAAGUUGAUCUCAUUUGAGGAACUGUAUCCUUUGUUUUCAAAGGCUAAACUAGAUGUGACUAUGGCAGCCUCACCGUUCACAUAUCUGUUCCAUUUUUGUAUUUUCAAAAAGCACAAUGUGGGUAAUAUUUAACAUCAAAAAGAGUUGUAUAGCUGACAGCUAUACCCUCACAUGCCUUAUCUUCCCAUGGCCCACUGCUAAGAGCCCUUUCCCCUCAACCUGGUGCGCUUCUAGCGUCGUUCAGAUGGUAAGCCCCUGGAGGGUGAGUGGGAGAAGAUUCAGUUGUCUUUACAUGUGUACUGUACACUUUUUGCUGUAAAUGUUAGCUCCCAGGUGAUGUGCAUAAGCAACAAAAAUGGAUGGCUCAGUGGAUCUAACAAAGCACUUUACAAGAAAAGAAAAUACAAAAACCAAUAAAUUUAAACAGUAACAGAAAACACUGAAUACCAUGACAAAGUUAAAACCUCCAGUGUCAAGUUAAAAUUCAUUAAAAGCCAUGCUGCCUUAAAAUAUGUACAUUAUGUGUAUGAUGUAAACCAGGUUUUUCUUCACACAUGUGUAAAGGCAUUUCCUGUGUAUGCGUGUUCAUUCAUCUCAACACAAUGUAGGAUAGCAGAAUUCUUGGGCAAAGUCUCCUGUAUGAAUGGGACUACAAAAUACUAUGAAGUACAGAAGAUUCUUUGUUUACUUCAUUUUCCAUUCUUCUGCAUGUGCCUGUGCGCUGUACCAUCUGGCACCUGCAGGCCAGAAGAUUGGAUCUUGCUUCUGUUUGGGAGGAACAGCACCUUCAUUUAGCAAGGUGGAACCCAGGAACUGUGCAGAAAGCCUAAAGUGUUUGGCUGUUUCCCAACAUAACCAUUUAAUAAGAGGGUGUAUGAUGAUUAAUGUUAAAGAAAUGUUUUCCUUACAUGAGCAUAAUUGCUAAGUUCUUGUUCACAGCUUAGACUUUCAAGAUGUUGAAAAGACAAGAGUGAUGGGAGUGAGGAACUUUUACAUCUGUAACCUGUGCUUAUCUGGGCACCUCCUUAGUGCAUCUUCUGUGGGCACCAAGGAGUGUUCGGAGGUAACAAGACUGUUUCUUGGUGCUGUUUCAAGAGGUGCUUGCUGGUGGCUUCUUCAGCUACUGCGUUAAUUUAAAAUGCUAUUAUGGAGCAAGCUCUAUGUAUAGCCUGUAGGUUUCGGCUAAAACUCUCCCCAUCACUGAUCAUUGGAAACUGGCCAAAGCCUGUUGUAACAUUCAUUCACAAGUCACCAACCUGUUUAGACCAAUGGGCACAUUCAGAUUUUUCAGUGAGAUCCAUGGGCAGUAUAUUCACUAGCCACACAAGUCGGAAAUUACUACACCCAGAUCUUGCCAUAAGGCAAGCAGGUAAUAUUAACACAGUUAAAGGGCAUAUUACAGCCAGUCAAAAGCACUUAAGAGCAUAAAAGCAUGAUGAUGUGUAGCCUAGGAAUGAGGGAGGCAUCAUCUGGGAAGACUCCAGAGGGCUGAAUAGAGAGGCCUAGGAGGCUGAUUUUGGUCCAGGGUCCCCCACCUCAUCCUAAAUGAUCCUAUCCACCUGCCUUUGGUACUAGGGGAGGCUUCACUUAGCAGUGUGGGGUGCACUGGUGCUUUUCUUUUCCUUAGUAUGACUAAACAUAUAGCUGCAUUGUCCCCCCCCCCAAUUGUUGACUUUUAUAUUAAAUUUGAAUUUUCCACCUGAAUGUUAAUGAUGCUGUAUAUAAGAUGGAGGAAAAACAAAAAUAUAAUUUUCAUUAGAGAAACAUGAAUCAUAGAGACAAGUGGAAUACAUUUUCAUAAUGGUGUCUGUAUUUCAUAUUGUCAUCUAAUCUUCUGUCUACGCUUACAGCAGUGCAAACAGGGCUUUCUUUGCAUAGCUCCUUAUUUAGAUUUGCAUAGCAGAUUCUGGAACUAGUUUGUGGAUGAGCUGCGCAAAUGAAUUAAGCAUAUAAUUCAAUUGGUGUAUGCAAAGAGAGUUAGUGGGAGGCCUUCAUUCUGAAUAUGGAAGAGGCCUUUGUCUAAACUGAACAUGGUAUGGUGGUAGCAAAAGAAGAAUGCCAUCUCAUGAAUGAGAAAAGUUACUGGACAUUAAGAUUUGACUUUGUUAAUAUAGAGCACUUUAUUUUUAUCAUCUGAUACUGGUGAGUGGCAAGAAGCAUAACCAAGCUGUAGAAGUAUAUAACACUAAGCCAUGGUUUGUUAAACUAUGGCUUUUUUCAUCAUCUGAACUCUGCCCAGAGGCUUAACUAUGGUUUAUUAAUGUCCAGCGAACUGCAGUAUGAAGCAAUAGUUUGUUCUUAAGAACAAACUUUGACUAUGUUUUAACAAUGGCUUAGUGUUCUGUCCUUAACUACGAUUUGUUUGCUGCCUUUUCAAGUUCACUUGCCUCUCCAAGAACCUGUGCAAUGGAGCUACCACAACACCACCCAGUGCAGGAUGAAAGUGAGUGCCUUCAAAAAGAAGUCAAGAAAAUUGCCACACAAAAUACUCAGUUGUAUUCCUUUGUAUUCCAAUACCAUGGCGAUUCCUUUCUAUGAUAAGCUGACAGCCAUCCUUUUAGACCAGAGAGCCGUAUGUCCUUUAGCAUACUGCCCUCUGGGUGCUUUGGACUAAAACUCCUAGCAUGACUCCAAAGUAGCAAAGUUUUCAGUUUAUUGAAUGAGCCUGGGAAGCAAAAUAGUGCCGCAUCCGAGGGUGGAUUGAUGCUCUGCACCAUGGAGGCCAUGUGCUGAAGAGUAGGGGCAGGGCAGAGGCAGUAGACUAGUGGCAAAAUUGGCAUUGCCACAUUUCAACUAGGAAAGACAGCAAGGCCCCUAAGAGCAAAAGAAAGCUUGUUAGUACCCUGGAGAGCUCACUUUGGCCAGUACUGACUAGGAUUCUCUCUGGGAGAGCUGUGGUCUCAGUAGCAUGCUGAUGCCUUUUAAGGACUCCUGAAGGCUGGCUGGCCUAACCCACCACAUAGCCCCUAUUUCCUCUGAGGAGCUGUUCUUAAAAGACCAUUGUCUUUUUCUGUAACCACUGGCUUCUAUGACAUGGAGGUGGUGAGGGAUGAUUUAGAGGGGCAUCAACUGAGCUGGAGGGGUCCAGUGGUCGGAGAACACAGAAGAUAAUUGGGAGGCUGCAGUAGGAAUGGGGUGUGGGCUUACCCUCUUUUUACCUGUUAGAAAACGGAGUGUGAAGAAGUGAGGAGCACUGAAUUUUACAUUAUUCAAAAUAAUGGGUCAAAUACUUCUGAGCUUUAAAGGACAAUAAAGACAUUCAUAUUUUUUAGCAUUUUAUAACACACACAUAUAUAUACACAUAUAUAUUAUAAACUAUGUAGUUUACUUAAUAAAGAAUACUUUAUUAGACUAAAAUAUAUAAGAAAAUAAUACAUAAAUUAAAAUAAAUCUUCAAAGAAUCAGGAAGCGAUCAGCUGUGACAAAAUGACAUAUUGUGUCUUUGUCCUUUCUUCUGCUCAGUUAAUAUAUUUUCAGCUUAGUAGUAGAUUUUCUUCAUGUUUUCGCCUAGUAUUUAAUGCAUCCAUGUGCAUAUCAGUGUCUUUUCUUUGAAUAAUAGGGAAAUAGCUUUGUGCUGCAGAUGGAAAUGGAGCUAUUUGAAUACUUAGUUAACACAUAAUAACCUAAAAGACAAACAAGUUAGGCUGACUUCUAGAAAGGUUUCCCAGAAUAAAUAGGCAAAUAAGUAGUGAAGUUGUUGAAAGAAUUACAUGAACUGUAUGUGAAAUAACAUUUUGCCCCCUAGUCAAAAAUUCACAGAAUGAAUGGGGGAAAUCACUGUGGUUUACAUGCAGUAUGGUUGCUCUAACAAAGGAAGGCUCUUUGAUUCCAGCAGAGGUUGUUGUCAGCCAAAAAGGAAAGGAGGCUAUUUUCACCAAUUUGUACUCCUCCUCACACCAUUUCCCAUGCUGUUCUAAAAGAACUGCCAAACUUCUGGAAAAGGUUUUGGGAGGUGAUCAGUGCUGCUAAAGGAAGGGUGAAAAUCACAUUCCUUCUCUCUUCCACUGAUAAAACCUCUGCUGGAACAAAGAGUCUUCUUCCAUGGUAGAAGCUUUCUGGUUAUUUUAUGUUAGAGAGCGUUUGCCUUUAUAUUACAUGAACUCCAGGUUUUGUGUAAGCUGCUACAAGUGGUCUGCACGUCAAGCACCCCUAAUCCCCCUGGCUCUAUGUUAGGCCUUGUGUUGUCCAGACCCUUGUUUAUUUAUUUAUCUACUUUUGUUGAUCGUGUUUUUCCACUGGCUGAUGCUGGAGGGUAGUUUUUGCAGAGAGCUAAACUGGGAAGGGCAAACAAUAUAGAGCUUACCAGUGUGUAUCUAUGUAUAUGCCAGAGGGAUGAACAUCAUCUAUUGAUACUAAGAGAAAUGCUGUAGUUGCAUACUUUCCAAAUGAGGUCAGAGAAGCGAAUUGUGCUUUCUCUCUUUGAUUUUAGUGCUCUGUAAUUAGUGUUCUGCCCUCCAUGUUGCCAUUUGUCUGUCAGGUAUUCCUUUAAUAUUGAGUAUGUCUAGCACUUUCGCUAUGCAGCUUUUGGCAAAUACUGAAGAUGCACCUCUUUACCCUGGUCUUUGACACCUUAGAUGUGUAUUUUCAGGACCCAUCCUAUUCAUGCAACUGUGAUUUGUUUUAAGUAUUUAUAUGUCUGAAUUUUAAAUUAUUGCAGCAGCAGCAGCCCUCCUAGACUUGUUCGUGAAGGAUGGGUAAUAAAUUACAUAGUCUAGAAAAGUAGUAUGCAAAUAAAGUGACAGUGACCCAGUUUGAAUGUCAUGCUAAACCAUGGUUUAUUGUUAUGUGCUGUGCUUUUUAAGCAAAAAAGGUGCCUUUACUCACCAUGAAAUUGUUACAGUAAGUGCCACACUUUUAACAUGGGGGGGGGGGAGAGAUGUGGAUACUGCGUACCCUUGAGUACCCGCAGAAUAAUAAUAAUAAUAAUAAUAAUAAUAAUAAUAAUAAUAAUAAUAAUAAUUUAUACCCCGCCCAUCUAGCUGGGUUUCCCCAACCACUCUGGGCAGCUUCCAACCGAAUAUUAAAAACAAUACAGCAUCAAACAUUAAAAACUUACCCAAACAGGGCCGCCUUCAGUUGUGUUUUAAAAGUAAAAUAGUUGUUUAUUGCCUUGACAUCUGCUGGGAGGGCAUUCCACAGGGCAGGCUCCACUACCGAGUAGGCCCUCUGCCUGGUUCCCUGUAACCUGUAAAAAAGCAUGGGUUAUGUACAUGAGCUACAGCAAACUCCAGACUUCUUAGCUCCCCACCUCUCCUCCUGCCAUAUUGUUGGGUGAAGGAAUUUAAGCAAGCCAACUUCAUAAUCCAUAGCUUGUUAAACCAUACUCCCCAGUUUGAAAGAGAUGAGAAGCCAUUGCUUAAAAAAAGUGAAACUAAAAGCUUCACAUAAAGCAUAGGAACUUGGGAAGCUGUCUUAAACUGUGUCAGACCUAUGGUUCAUCCAGUUCAGUAUAGUCCACACUGACUGGCAGCAGCUCUCUAAGGAGUUCAGAGUUCAGGUCUAUCCCAGCCCUACCUGGUGAUGCCAAGAAUUGAGCUUGGGACUUUCUGUAUGCUGAGCAAACACUCUACCACUGAAUCUCACUGUGGCUCAUGUGUGAUUUAUUGUGAUGUGCAAAUGUGGCCAAUGAGAACCUUUUAGUAGGACCAGCAUUCUAACUGGUCCUAAUAAAGGUAGAGGCAAGUUUUUGUGUGUUUUCGACUCCUGACUUCAAAUUAAGCUCAAUAUAAAUAAGAGUUUGCAAUGAGAAAUGCAUGAACAGUAAAUUGUAUUGGUUAUUAUUUCUGAACGAUAACAUAACACAUAGGUGCCUAUUUGUGUGGUUUGCAUUUGUGUACAAAGUAUAAGUCAAGAGAUAAUACCUCAUUUGUAAGAACAUGAACUCUGCAGCAUAACUUAACAUUUUGCAGUUAAUAUCUCAAUUUAUUUUCUUGAAUGCUCAGUGACCCAAAUGCCCCUCCCCUGUUAAUGGGCCAGUUUAAAGUGUGUGUUAGUGCUCAAAAGACCACUAAAAUCCAAAUGUAAUAAUGCAACAAUUCUAGUCUUGCUCAUUUUUGUUGUUGAAUCAUUGUACUUUAAGGAACACUUUUAUAGCAGGAUCCUUGAAAUCAUUAGAUGAGCUUACAAAACACAUCACUCCUCUAUGUUUUCACUCCUCUCUUUCCUGUGUUCUUAAGAGUCUUUAUGACUCUCCCUUUUAAUGUUUCCGGAAUUCACUCUGUGACUAUUAGAUGUUUGAGCAGUGAUACUAUGGGAACACCCAUGUUGUAACAUGACUCAUAUUUGUUCUUAUUUGCAAGGAGGCUUAAAUUCAGUUGUGGCAUUCCUACUACUUGGGAUGCAUUUGCUUAUUGUUGUUGAGCAAGAACUGUGAUUGCAUUCCAGCUUACUACAUCAGUUUCCACUUAAGAUAAAUGCCAUGGUCAUGGUUGCAUCAAUACUAGGCUGUUCUCUAACUGGGAACAAUCAAAUAUUGCAUCUUAUCACUAGGUAUAUAAUUCUGCAGAAUAAUUUAGAAUAAUGUUUCAUCUCAAUCCAGAUAAUAUGGAAAUGUUGACAAAGUUUCAUCAGUUUGAUCAGAGAUUUGCCUGUUCUGUUCACACUCUCUCCACUUUUAAUGAUAACGUAUGCAGCUUGUGUUUGCUUUUAGACGUAGAACUGCAUAUCCUGGUGGCUGCUAAAGCUGAAGUGCCUUAAGUACUUAAGACUGAUGCACCAGUGCACCAGCUGGUACAGUAGAAGACAGAGUCUUCUGGCCUCUUCCAUAUAUGCUUUGCUUCUCUCCAAGCCUUAAACGAUUAGGGCUGAACUGUCAGGGUAAGGAAAGUUUUGUAUCUAGGCUGGGGCCAAGGAUAGGGGAUAGAAGUGAAACUUCCAUCCCAAUGAUGAUUGUAGAUAGGGAGACAUACAGAGGUGGGUGAAAGUAUAUAAGUGGGAGAGAAGGGCUAAUUACAUCAAAGCCCUUUGCCCCUCUGCUUUGACUGCUGCACUUCAGAAUCUGGGAGUGCCUAUCAGCUGUUCUCGUGGCCUCGUGGUGGUGGUGAUGUUAAAUGAUGGGUCUGUCCAGAAUAAAACAUCCAUCAUCCAGAGUUUGAUCAUGAAAGAGGGAGCCGGCUUGGCAUAUAUAGCUGAGACCUGGGCAGAUGAGUUUUUGUGGUGUUGGAGAAAGCUUUUACUGUGGUUUGGGGGGACUUCAGUAUGUGUGAUUUUCACACAAUUACUCCUCGCCAUCACUGUUAAGCAUGUAUGUCACCUUGGUACUCCAAUGACCUGUUGAUAAUAAAACAGGAGGGCUACAGGCUCUCCAAAAUCUAGUGUCCAGACUUGAAAUUUCAUCCAUCCCCAUCCCUAGCUGCUUAUGUGUAUCUCCAGCUGUGAAAUCACCUAUGCAUGAAUAAAGGGAAAGGCUGUGUGGCUAACAAAUAUCUGAGAAGCAUUGCGAGCCUGUUUAAAAAGUGAUGAUUGGACUGAGUUUGAAAUACUGUGCUAUACAGAAGCACAGUAAGGUAGCUUCCCUGAGGAGUUUUGAAGCUAAACAUCUAGAAAAAUAAGUACCACCUUUUAUUUCUUUGUUGACUAAACAUAUACUUUGUUUGCUGCUCAGAUGUAUUUGUUUGCACUGUGCAUAAGCUUUGUUACAUGGCUAUUGGAAUAAUCUGGUUUGAACAAGAAGAAAGCAGAAUCCUAAGGUCAAAUGUAACGGCUGCAAAAUAGCUUUUCACUCUGGUUUUUAGCACACUUGGAUUCAAACCAUUUGGGAUGUGGUAUCGAUACUAAUAACAAACUUAGAAAGUCUCUCAAACUAUAUAUAGGAAAGACUUGAUGAAAUUUUGACUUUUCUUCUGAUACUACUAUAGAGUAGUAUUCAAUGCUAGUCCUACUUUGAGUAGACCCAUUGAAGUUAAUAUGCAUGACUAAUUUAGGUUCACUAAUUUCCAUAGGUGUACUCUGGGAAUGUUUUAGUUGAAUGCAACCCAUAGUAACUUGUGUCAAACUUAUCUAAUUCUUCUCUCCUGUAUUUUAGUGAAUGUGGCCAUAAAAGAAAUUGAUAUUUAUGUUCAUGGAUUUGUGUGAUUAUGUGGAUUGCCUCCAAUAACCUUGUUGAAAAUUAAUCGUUUUAACUGAUAUAGUAAGAAUAUAUAUAUACACACACAUAUAUACAGUGGUGCCCCGCAAGACGAAAAACUCGCUAGACGAAAGGGUUUUGCGUUUUUUGAGCUGCUUUGCAAGACAAAUUUCCCUAUGGGCUUGCUUCGCAAGACGAAAACGUCUUGCAAGUUUGUUUCCUUUUUCUUAACACCGUUAAUACAGUUGCGACUUGACUUCGAGGAGCAACUCAUAGAACGUGGUGUGGUAGCCUUUUUUGAGGUUUUUAAAGACUUUGGUGAUUUUUGAAGCUUUUCCAAAACUUCUUUUGCCGCCAUUUGGUAAGUUAAACUUUUAAAACUUUUUUUGGGUGGGGUUGGAUUUUGGGUUGGGGUGUUUGGAAUUCAAGGACUUGGUGUUGGGGAGGGGUUUGCAAGAAUCUGGAAGCUUGUGUGUUUUUUUUCUGCAUUUUUAUGAUUUUCCAAGGAUCUGAGGGCAAUGAAACAAUCGCUGAGAUGGCUAGAGUGCCAGUGGCAGAUAACUCAUUCUGAAGCUGACCGGACACAGCUUAGAGCUCAAUGUCAAGUCUACCAAAUGGCGAUAGCGACGGUGAAGAAGACAUUCUUCACUGCCUCUAUUGCAUCUGCAGAAAACAGCAGCAGGGAAGAGGUAGACUCCACUGUGGGAGCAGGGCCAGGGCGGGAGAGUGCUAGAGUCCUGUCUAGUCAAGUUGUGUGGGAUCAAUUCCAAUCUGUUGCCUCUGAGGAUGUGAACAGGCUGCUUGGACGAGUGAAACCAAUCACCUGUCUCCUUGAUCCUUGCCCAUCCUGGCUUAUAAAACUAGCUGGGAAGGGCUGGGCAAUGGGCUUCACGGGGUGGCGAAUGCUUCUCUUUGUGAGGGAGCCUUCCCAGACCUGCUGAAAGAGGCAGUCAUUAAACCACUUCUUAAAAAAAAUAUCUCUAGACCCGGCCAAUAUAGCCAACUAUUACCCAGUCUCAAAUAUUCCAUUCUGGGGCAAGGUGAUUGAGCGAGUGGUUGCUGAACAACUCCAGGAAGAAGAAGGAUCAUUUGGAUAACUUCCAGUUGGGAAUCAGGCCUCAUCAUGGGACUGAAACUGCCUUGGUCGCACUGGUCUCUGGCGGGCUAGGGACAAAGGUGAGAGCUGUUUCCUAGUUUUGCUGGAUCUCUCAGCGGCUUUUGAUACCAUCGACCAUAACAUCCUUCUGGACCGUCUAGAGCUGGGUGUUCAUCAGUAUGUAGAUGAUACCAAGCUCUACCUCUCUUUCAAAUCAGAAACAGUGAAGGCGGUGAAGGUCCUGUGUGAGUGUCUGGAGGCAGUUGGAGGAUGUAUGGUGGCUAACAGAUUGAGGUUGAAUCCUGACAAGACAGAAGUACUGUUUUUGGAGGACAGGAGGCAGACAGGUGUGGAGGACUCCCUGGUCCUGAAUGGGGUAACUGUGCCCCUGAAGGACCAGGUGUGCAGCCUGGGAGUUAUUUUGGACUCACAGCUGUCCAUGGAGGCGCAGGUCAAUUCUGUGUCCAGGGCAGCUGUUUAUCAGCUCCAUCUGGUACGCAGGCUGAGACCCUAUCUGCCUGUGGACUGUCUUGCCAGAGUGGUGCAUACUCUAGUUAUCUCUCGCUUGAAUUACUGCAAUGCACUCUAUGUGGGGCUUCCUUUGAAAGUGACCCAGAAACUGCAACUAAUCCAGAAUGCGGCAGCUAGACUGGUGACUGGGAGCGGCCACCGAGACCACAUAACACCAGUCUUGAAAGAUUUACAUUGGCCCCUAGUACAUUUCCGAGCACAAUUCAAAGUGUUGGUGCUGACCUUUAAAGCCCUAAAUGGCCUUGGCUCAGUAUACCUAAAGGAGUGUCUCCAUCCCCAUCGUUGUGAUGGGCCCGGACACUGAGGUCCAGUGCUGAGGGCCUUCCUGCGGUUCCCUCGCUGCGAGAAGCCAGGUUACAGGGAACCAGGCAGAGGGUCUUCUCGGUAGUGCCACCUGCCCUGUGGAACGCCCUCCCUCCAGAUGUCAAAGAGAAGAACAACUACCAGACUUUUAGAAGACAUCUGAAGGCACCCCUGUUUAGGGAAGUUUUUAAUGUUUAACAGACCACUGUAUUUUAAAAUUUUGUUGGAAGCCGCCCAGAGUGGCUGGGGAAACCCAGCCAGAUGGGCAGGGUAUAAAUAAUAAAUUAUUAUUAUGAUGAUUAUUACUACUACUACACAAAAUACUGAACCAUAGGGCUUGGAAAUUUGUGAACCUUAGUAGGAAAGGGGCUGACAUGUCAUGGUCUGUUACUGUGCACUACAGUGUCAAUGUAUUGCCACUCUCAGCUACAUUACUUACAGUGCAAUCCUAUACAUGUAUACUCAAGAAGCGCCUUGAAUUCAAUAGUGCUUAUUCCUACUUAAGUGGAUGUAGGAUUGUAGCCUAAGGGUUGGAUCCAGUAAAGUUGUACCAUUUGCACAAAGGCUUUUGCUUGCACAGCAGAACUUUACUUCCCUCUCCAUACCCACCCCAUCUCCUGUGGAGGGCUUGGGAAAACACCCAGAACAGGAUGCAUCAGUAGCGGAGGAAGGGAGUGUGUGUGUUUGGGGGGGGGGGUGACACGGGCAGCACUGGGGCUGCAGGGUACCCUCCAGUGUAUGGGCCCAGCACUGCCUGAAAAUGCAGCAUGGGACGCAUGUGGAGCGUGGCUUGUAGACUGCCCCAGCUGCCGCCUUUCUCCCUGCCACGGUUGCCCUCUAGCUGGCCCCUGCCUCAGCUCACGCUGCCCAGUGGGCAGCUAGCUCUGCCCCCAUGGUAUCUCAUCCCAUCCCCCAUGUGGGUGCUCGAGAGGCUAGCUAUGCUGCUGGUGUGGGGGGCGGGGGAGAAGCAUUCACCAGGCUGGGGAAAGUCGCGUGGUGCAGCCACCCACCACUGGCGCCCCUGUGCUUCUCCUUCCCUAGACUUUAACGCCUGCUGACUACUUGCUCUGACGUGCGCCUGGUAGCUCUGGCUCCUGGCCUGGCGAGGGGAGGAGUGUGGCAGUGCUGCUGGUGUGGAGUGGAACCCUCUCCUCCGCCUCCGCCUCCUCCUCCUGCUGUCAGGAAAAGCUUCAAGGAAAAUAUUUCAGAUGUUUCUCUAAGUUACAUAUUGUUUUCCCCAUAUUUAUUUACCUACUUAAUUUAUAUAGCUGCCCCAUAGCAGAAGUACUCUCGGAAGCCAAUGUGGUUCGAGUGUCAGACUGAGACCUAGGUGAUCAGGGUUCAAAUCCCCACUCAGCCAUGAAACUCACUGGGUGACCCUGGGCCAGUCACAGCCUCUUAACCUACCUCACACGAUUGUUGUAGGAGAGGGUUGGACGUAGUACUCCUUGGAGAAAAAAAGGUGGGAUAUAAAUGCAAUAAUCUCUUCUGUUUACCUGCUUAAGAAAGCUGGAGAGGCCAGCCAGAUUGAGAGUUUAGUUGCCAGCCUGGCAUCCAGAGAUCUCCGCAUGCUCACAGUUGGACCCGCACCAGUCGCAAAAUGUGCCUUGUGCCUGGCUGCUUUCUGAUACUGCCUGUGCUUAGUGGAGAGUAGCUGGGUACACUUGCCCUGGGCUUUGAAAGGCUAAGCCAGCUGGAGGGGGGGGGGAGGCUGCCUGACUUAGGCUGUUGUGCCCAGAAUGCCCUAUGCUUUCCAGCAAGAGAGAGGCUGUAGCAUGCAGAGCUGGAGGUUAAGAAAGGGGGGAAAGUGAGAAAAUGAAAAUGGGCAGUGUGGUUAACUGGCUUUGAAGGAAGGAAGGAGGAGGGGCUGGUGAAAGGAAUGGAUGGUUUGAGCCUCCUUUGAAGAGGGGGGAUUAAAGGAACUUAGGAGAAAUCCAGUAUUUAUAAUAUGAGUACUGAUAAACCGGGAAUAAAGGGGAAGCAGGGUAAGGGAAGCUGUUAAAGGAGAGAUUAAAGAAACUGACAGUUUGUGGAGUGGGGAAAGGGUACAAGUUAAAGGGGUGAAACGAGAGGGGAAGAUGAAAUUUUGGAUGGGUAAAACUAUUUUGAGUCGCAUGUGGAAGUGAAAAUAUAAAAGCCAUCUCUGCUUAGACAUAAAUCAGCAAAUUCUGCCUAAAAUAAAACAUAAACCACCAUGGAUGUUCCUAAAAGAUAGUCUAUAAAUAAUUGUAUGACUAAGAACAAAUUUAUAAAAUAAAAUGGAGAGUCUAAAUCAUGUUGCCUUCGAAGCCAAUAUCUGUUCUUAACUAUUGGAUUUCCCUGCCACAAGGAAAUUGCUGUGACAAAGAGAUUAGAUAGAAGUGUCAGUAAUUGCUCAUCAAUUAUACCUAUUUCUGUCUGUUGGAAUUCUGCCUGGGUCAGAGGAAUGUGCCACAGCGUAGGCACCGGCAGAUAUUCCUGUCGACCUCCCCGCGUCUCCACUCUGCUGAUAAGCAGGCGAGGUCCGGCGAUUCUUCUCAGAUGUAUGAGAGGAACACACCGUUCUUCCUCUCUCCCCUUUGGUGUCCCCAGGGAGGGGAAAGAAGCAGACAGAAAACUAUUUACAUCAUUUAUUUCUGCCUCUUACAUCAGUACAGAGAAUCAUGUCUGCACUCAACAACAGCAAGAAGAAACUCCUCCCAAGUACAUCCAGUACGGGUCAUAUGACACACACACACUGAGCUAACAUCCGGUGCUCAGUACAGAAUGGACUGCCCCUUUGUUCCCAUGGCAACAGUCACAAACAUCCUGUCUGGCUUUCCAGCCACAAGCAGCUGGCUGAGCUGCUAGAGCCUUUGCUUGCUGCAGCAUUGGUGCUUUAUGGUAACAUACCCCCCUAAAGUAUCAAUGUGUGCCGCGAGCAAAGCGUCAUCCAGAGAAGAAAACAAACAGUUGUUAUAUUUAUAACAUCCCCUGUUGUGUCAGUUCCACCCUUGGAACUACCCGCCACUGGUUUAACCAAUGUACCUCUCUGGUUGUCUGGCUUCCAAGGAAUGAGUGCUUCUGCAUUACCUUGGCUAGCUACCCUCUGUUGUGUCUUUGUCUCUGACGUAGACACUGCUUCAACCUGCUUUGAGUUGUUAACAAUAGCAACACAUGCAACAGCUAAGUUAGCAAACUCUUUUGAGUACCUCUUUGGUGGUACACCCUUUGUAACUCUCUCAGACCUGCGUAUGAGGUUCUGAUCUUCUGUGCUCACUGGUUCAACCUUUGGACUCUGUUGAGAACCAGUAGCAAUCAGUGGUUCUUCCUUCACCUGUGAAGGUCUAUCCAUUGUGUGAGAUUUCCUCUCAAUGACUGUGACAACUGAGCUGUCUGAGCUAUCGCUGUCAUCAUCAGUACUACUGAACUCAAUAAGAUCAAACUCAUCAUCAUCAUCAUCAUCAGAAUCGUUUCCUGUGGGAAAUGUCUGUACUAUCCGCUCUUGCUUUGGAGCACUCUCUAGGAACUUUGUGAGAAUCACCUGACCAGAUUCAGACAAAAUUACUCUGUAGAGACCUUUUUCAUAACCCACAAAAAUGCCUCUGGCAUUCUUUACUCCACCUGGAGCUUCUGUUCUCACAUGAGACCCGAAAACCUUAAAAUAGGCAACAGAAGGUUUUCUAUUGAACAGCUUCUCAAAAGGAGAACAUCCCAAGUCUUUUGAGAUCUUUCUCAGCCACACAUGAAGAUAGGACGCUAGCGACUCAGCCCAAUAUUCAUGUGGCAAAUGUGAACUCAGCAAUUGCGCAUUCAUCCCCUUUUGCAAUUCUUUGUUCACUCUCACACAGACCCCCCUGUUCCACGCUUCUUGCGAGACUGCAACUUUGUGGUCUAUCCCUUUUCCAUCCAGGAACUUCUGAAACUUCUGUAACAGAAAAAUUUGUUUGUCAUCUGUGAAAAGACAAUCAAUGUUAGCAUCAUGCAUACUUUUAACCUUGUCACAAAACUCCUGAAACUUUUCUAAAGUUUCUUGCGGUUUCUCCAUCAUAUAAACCCAAGAAUAAUUAGUGAAACAAUCCACACACAAAAGGUAAUAUCGUGCACCGCCUCUAGAUGGUUCUAGAGGACCAAUCACAUCAGCAUACACCCGCUGAAAUGCUCUGUUGACCUUCUUCGUCUUAGUCACCUUCCUGGUGCUCACACUGGUCACUCCUGCAAGAGAGAUUUCGUUAGAAACAGCAGAAUUACAUUUCAUGUAAUCACUUUGAUCAAAAGUCAACAAAUACAGUCCAUCUUUCUCUUUGGCAGUAAGAAACAGUUCUCCAUCUUUGUAGAUCUUGCAGCUUUUAGCAUCAUAGGACAGUUUCAGUCCUUUCUUUGCAAUCUGCGACACGCUCAGCAGAUUAAAUCUCAGUUCUGGAACCAGGUAAACAUCACUUAUAGUCAAGUUCAGACUCUCAAGAUACACAGUCCCAAUUCCAGUCGCUUCCAACUCCUGACCGUUGGCCUGUUUCACAGUGAAGCUUUGCUUCUUCAACGUCGAAAACAGUCCUCUGUGCGGGCACAUAUGAACCGUUGCGCCCGUGUCAAUUAUGAACGAGUUCCCAACAUCUGGCGUGGUUCCUUUCGCCAUCAUAGCCUUUGCAGGUUUCACCUGGCACUUGGAACGGCUUUUGCCUGACGCCUGAGGCUUCGUAGAGCUGCUCUUUGCUCCUCUUGACUGGCGCGGCUUCUUACAGUUUCGCUGUAGAUGCCCAGUCUGUCCACAAUUGUAGCAUCGGACAGCACUCAAUGCUACACCAUGCUCUCCAGUAGCAUCAGCAGUGGGGAAUUAGAACUCUGUUCUUCCCUCCCCCUGUCUUUUUCUUCCAGUGCAGCAAGUCUGUCGUGUUCAUUCAGGACCACAGCACAAACUCUCUCCGCGGUCAGCUGCGCGGCCGGUAGGGAACCAAGCUGACUGGCAACAACCUUGUAGGUGCGGCUAAGGCUGUUUAUCAUCAUGAAGCAAAACACUUCCUCCUGAAGACGGAAAUUGCGUUCCACCAUCUGUUGACGCAGAAACUUCAUUUCUGUCAGGUGCGCUUGAACAUCUCCAUCAGGCGCAAGUCUCAGAUUGGUCAAUUUCUCAAAAUACAGCAACGCUGAAGAACCAGCAUCUCUCUGAUGCGUUGUACGCAGCGUGUCCCAUACCUCUUUCGCAUUUUCUAAAUGCUGAACAUGCACCAACUGAUCAUCUGAGACACACAGAAUUAUAGCAGUCCUGGCCCUUACAUUCUGUGACUCCCAACCUCUGGUUGGUGCUGCAGGGAUGGGGUUUUCAAUUACAUCAAAAAGCCUCUGAUUCUGCAGCAGGGCCUUCAUCUUUACAGACCAAGAUGAAUAAUUGUCAUUGGUUAAGGGAGGUGGGCAAGGCAAACCUCCCCCUUUCUUGGCAUCCAUCUUGAAGCCAAGCCUCUCUCACCUCCAAACAAGCUGCAAAAUCCAACAGCUGUUUUUUUCUUUCUCACGCAGGCAACUGCAAAUUGUUUACGCUCUUUGCACCUGGCAGCUAAACUCAGGCUGCUAUUGAAAAGUCCCUUCCAAGAGCUCGUAAACCUUGUAGCCAAAACAUUCUCUGAUUUUGUUUCGCUUUCCCAGGCUCACACUCAGAGUCCAGCCCCUUUGCCAGUAACUUUCCAGGACCGUUACCUAGCAACAAUGCAUUUCAAUAGGACAUCUUAUCUACCACAAAAAUUUGUGGAAUGCAGGCUUCAGCCUUCAAGCUGCAGGCCUCUUCUCCCGGAGCUCUUGUUUUCUUUGAAACGCAGCUCCGUGAACCAGGGAAUUAAUCUUCCUGCGUUCACACUUUUAGCCCGAAAUGCAGCAUACCUUGAGCUGCGUUGCUUGGAAAACACCUCUUCUUUCCACCAGCUGUCUGUGGAGCCUCUGGCUUCUUUCAGACGCUUUCUCUUCCUCCUUGGAGCAGAGGAGGACAAUCCACCAGCCUCUCAUGCAGAUGUCCGAUGAAUCGCAACCAUCCUCUGCUACCACUGUUGGAAUUCUGCCUGGGUCAGAGGAAUGUGCCACAGCGUAGGCACCGGCAGAUAUUCCUGUCGACCUCCCCGCGUCUCCACUCUGCUGAUAAGCAGGCGAGGUCCGGCGAUUCUUCUCAGAUGUAUGAGAGGAACACACCGUUCUUCCUCUCUCCCUUUGGUGUCCCCAGGGAGGGGAAAGAAGCAGACAGAAAACUAUUUACAUCAUUUAUUUCUGCCUCUUACAUCAGUACAGAGAAUCAUGUCUGCACUCAACAACAGCAAGAAGAAACUCCUCCCAAGUACAUCCAGUACGGGUCAUAUGACACACACACACUGAGCUAACAUCCGGUGCUCAGUACAGAAUGGACUGCCCCUUUGUUCCCAUGGCAACAGUCACAAACAUCCUGUCUGGCUUUCCAGCCACAAGCAGCUGGCUGAGCUGCUAGAGCCUUUGCUUGCUGCAGCAUUGGUGCUUUAUGGUAACAUAUUGACCAUCAUUUUGUUAUCAACUCUGCUCCUUCACUGCCAUUUUAUGAGUCAUGGGCCAUCUCAAGUGAGCCCUAGGAGGGAAUUUUGAGGACUGCUGGACCUUAUUGAUCAAAAGGAGAACUUUGGAUUGAGGUCAGAAACAUACUGGAAAACAAUAGGGAUAUUUCAAUAGUGGCAAAAUGUUAAUUGUGGAAAACCCCUGUUAAUAUCUUCCUGUAUUCAGAACCAGAUGAAGUUUCUUUGUGAACACUUAAAAGGCAGCCCUAUUUGUCAUGAAUUAAAAACUAUCCAGUCUGGAUGUUACCAGGGCAAGACAAGGCCAGAUUCAAAAGCACUCCCGAGCUUUGAACUUGCUGUUACAGGAAAAAUACAGCACUCUUAAAAAAAACCAAGUUAAAUAUUGUUCCGUUGCUCAAGUAAAUUCUCUACCAACAUAACUUAGAUUUUUCUGUUUUGCUUGUUUUCAUUAACAGUAUUUAAUGCUCAAGAGAUUGGUAACUCGCCAGUUGCUGUUUGAGUUGACAAGGCACAGGGAGAGCUUCUUCACAUGUAGUCUAACAAUCACCUCGGGCACUGUUGGUACGAACAGUGCCUCUUCCACAAGAGACCAAUACAUCUCAUGGCAAUUACCAUGACUGACACAAUUGCAGCAGCCUUUGGUCUUACAAAGCAUCACAAAAGCCUAUUGAAGAAGACACUUAGAUUGUGCAGAGUUGUUGCAAGAAGAAAGCGCAACAUUAGUAAUGAUAUUGUCAUCCUGAACUGUAACAUUAAAACAAUUUACCUAGGGCAUUCUUCAGUAGAAGCAAUUUCAAAACAAAAGCAUAAAACUUUUAAACAACUUAAGAAUAGGCUAAUUACAGAGCUAUGUCACUAUCAGUAAAACCGAUAGGUCAUACAACAGUAAAGGUUCAAUAUUCAAUGUUGUAAUUUUAUGUUGUAAACCGCCCUGAGACCUGCAGAUGAAGGGCAGUAUAUAAGUAAUAGUAGUAGUAGUAGUAGUAGUAAUACAGAUGCCAUCCUAAAUGAUGGUUAAGGAAUCCGAAUUAUGAUUCUGUAUCAUGUCUGAACUGAUGAACCUUUGCUUGCAAUUGGACACCAUAGUUUGAAGUGGGGUUGGAAACUAUGGUUCACACUCAAUUUGAGCCAGUUGAGACAGGGCUCCAAGUACUUUGAGAACCAUGAACAUACCUGCCUGUCCAGAGUACUUGACCCACCUGUGGUGGCUCCACACCUGCAUGUGGGGACAUAAUAUGUGAAUGCUGCCCACAUACAUACACUAAGACCUCCCAGUUGAUUUCCUAAAUGAAAUCUGGUAUAUGCAUAGGCAUAAUAUCAUACACAUGCUCGACCAUGCACAUAGUGAGACUCGAGUGGUGCUUGCAUGCUGUCUGGGUGAGGUUGGCAGGCAAGCUUGUUCUCCCCUCUCUAUCCAGUAGAUGAGGCAGGUGUGUAUCAUCUAAACCAGGCCCACGAUUUGGUAUACAGUGGUACCUCAGGUUACAUACACUUCAGGUUACAUACGCUUCAGGUUACAGACUCCGCUAACCCAGAAAUAUUACCUCGGGUUAAGAACUUUGCUUCAGAAUGAGAACAGAAAUCGUGCAGCGGCAGCAGGAGGCCCCAUUAGCUAAAGUGGUGCUUCAGGUUAAGAACAGUUUCAGGUUAAGAACAGACCUCCAGAACGAAUUAAGUUCUUAACCUGAGGUACCACGGUAAUGCCUCUGAAACCACAGUUGCAGACAUUGUCUCCAUAUGCUUCUGGCCCUUUCAAUUUAGCAAAGCUGAAGGGCAGAAUGUAAAAGCAGACAAGGUACUGCAAGUCAUGGUUUCCCUUGUGCAUUUGGAAGCACAAACCAUGAUGAUGAUGAAUAUACCACCCUAUACCCGGAGGUCUCUCAAAGCCAUGGUUUGGGUUCUAAACUCUGCUUACAACAAACAGUGGUUUAGCACCAGAUAUAUCUGAUCUGAGACAUUAAAGGUGUGAAAUGCACAGAUAAGGGGGGCAGGGGCAAAAAUAUUUCACCAAAAUUGCUCCUGUUGUGGACAGAUAAAAAGCCACAGUCUGAAAUAAAGCUGGAAGAAACAAUGCUGAAGCAUGUAUAUUUUUAUUUUUUUAAAUAUACCUUUUCCUUCCUUGAGUCUUUCCCACCCACACCCACCCUAUAAAGCAAUUCAUACUCAAAUAUCAAGUUAAUUCUUAGUAGCUCAAAACACUGUUUUAGACAAUUACAGUUGGAGGUUGUAGGCCCAUGCUGCUUGCCAGCCUCUUAGUGAGAUAUUAAAAACUUAGUGGCUUUUCUGCUGUUUUGUCUUAACUGCCUUUCAUGUGCAUGUGUGCGCUCACACUGCUUAGCAGGCUCUAACGAGUAGAAGUCCACCAUUUGAAAGGCUAAAAUAGAAUAAAAUAUAUAAACUGUGAUUCCUAGCAAAUGAAAUGGGUGUCUGCAAAGGUGCUCCUUUUCAGACAGUUGCUCAGAAUGCCAUUCCGAAAGAGGCGGAAACUUUUAGAGCAGCUGAGCUGUGAUUCGUUGGUUUCACAGAACUUUUCCUCUCUUAAUCCCAGCCCCCCUUUUUUUCUUUUGAGAAGUUGACUUUGCUGCUUCUCAGACGCGCACGUCAUCUGCAAUCUCCAGAGAUUUAGUGUGAUACCAUGAGCGCCGAGGCAGAUGAAUCUAAAGAAGGUAUGACUUUAGUGUUUUCUAAGAUUUGGGUUUUUGUUUUUGAAAAAGUUCGCGUCUCCUUCAGAGCUGCUUCUGGCAGCAAUAUGAGAUGAUGAAUAGAGAUUUGUGCUCUCUGUAGCACUGAGCUCUUCGUAGGGGAGGGGAGAAAGCAAAAGGCAUCUAAAGACUGCUGUUCAGAUUUCACUGAAAAUGCAGAAACACGAGCCUUGAUGCCAAUGGCGUUUUGUUUGUGCAAUGAUAACUAUAUACAAUACACAGUAUUAUUAAUGUUCAAAGGGCUGAGUGCUAUGUAUUCACACAAGCAACAAUGGCUUAAGUUGAAAGGGGAAGAUACUUUUUUUUAAAGUAGAUGCAGUGUUCCUUUUGCAAAAGGAAGUUGUGUAAUACAGAGAACUGAAAGAUCGUUAUUUUUAGGAAGGAGGUUUCUUGGCGUUAACAACUUCUUUUUCCAGUGUGGGUAUAUACUCUUGAUGUAUGUAUGCUUUUAAGUAAGGCUAGGUCUGAAACAAAGCUUGUCAAUGUGGAAAACGAUUUCAUUUACUUUUAUGAUAUGGAAGAGCAUGUGGAGAGCUGGAAAUACCCCAAUUAUCUGUGUAAACACAGAGGAGUGGGUAUCUGGUGGAGGAAGGGAAGAAAUGGCUUUCUGAAAUGUUAAUACAAAACCCAUUUAAAUCAGAGGUUUGGUGAAGGGGUGGGAAUGGGGUAAGGACAAUGCCUUAAAAAAUGUGGGCACACUUUUAAAAACUGGAAUUUCCUGACUUGUUAAGAAGCCAGAUAAACUUGCCUUAAAUAAAGGGCUGGUAUAAGCUAGUCAGAGCACCAGUUUGUAGUAAAUCAGGAAACUUUUCAAAACACUGGAAUGCUCCUCUAUUCUCCCCAUGGCUUAUCUGAUACCCCCACCUUGCCAGUGUUUUCAACAUAGCUCUUAUCCUUCCAGUUGGAGUUGAAGGAGUAUGUAUUUCUUAGCACAGAAAAAACACAGCCUACUAAAUGAAAUCCACAAACUGCAGCAUAGCUAAUUAACAAAUACAUUGAUGCUAAAAACAUUUUAAUACUCAUCCCUUUCCUUUCCUCAUCAACCAAGAGGAUAAAUGUGAAUCCAUUUCCAUUGAACAGUUGUAAAACUGUACUAAACCUUUCUCCACUGGCAACUCCUCAGUGCAGUGUUCUCCUGGCGGCACGUUCAUUCCAACCCUCCUGUGUGCGAGAUGAGUAAGCAGCAUGCAUGCUAUGACAUGACACAAGGAUUGCAGGAAAACCUUUUGAAAGUGACCUUCGUUUCACAUGAACAUUCAGUUGAUUUAAGAUAAAACAUCCAAAUUGCCCCUGCUAUCUUUGCUACAGGGUGAUUGUUCUUCUGCUGACAUCUUGAGAUGCCCCUAUGUGCUUCUGUUUUCUACAAAACUCAUGAGUUUCACAUGGAGCAAGGUGAAACUUCUCUCAAGGGGGGUAAUUAAGGAAAACAAAGUAGAACACAUGUUGGCGUUUGUAAAAGUUGAAUACAGUAUAUUGUGUCUCAGUUUACAAACCUGUUUCAGUGUGUUGGGGGCACCUCUAGGGCACAUUGGGUGGGGGGCUAUAGGGAGAGGGGAGAAUGGCAGGAAAUUACCUACCCCCCAAUUCGGUUGAUGGAUUUCUUCUGUCCACCCAAAAUUUAGGUUGCAAUAUUUCAGUUUUAAGCGGGAUUGAUGGCUGUUGUAGUUAGAUCUUACGAUGUGAGACAUAGAAUGGAGAAAAAGGAAAAUAAUGAUGAAACCAAACAAUAUAUUUGUUAUAAAGAGGUGUAUCCAGAGUUCCACUCAGGUGUUUAAAUUAAAGACCACAAACUUUUGCUAAUUGUGUUGAUGUAUGUCAUUACAAAAAAAGCAUUGUAAACUUUUGGGCCUGAUAACUUACCUGUUCCUCUGUAGAUGCUGGGAUCAUAAAUGAGCUCCCCUUGCCAGUGCUAUGCCUCAGUUGCAAUGCAAUCCUGUGCAUUAUUGCUCAGAAAUAACUGUUCCCAAUGGGGAGCUGCUUCUAGGUAAGAGUGCAGAGGACUCCAGCCUUGAACAGCAAGUUAAAAGGAACAGUAGCAUAUUGGUAGUCACACUCUCCUAAAAAGACUUAUCAGGCCUGUUUGUUUUCCAUCUUUCGCUGGCCAUCUAUGCUUUUUCUUUUCCGACAGGCCUUUGGACAGUGUUGAUCCUAUUCCUGACUCUGAUUACUGUGUGUGUGGCUUUUUAUUUAAGCUGCAUUUUGUGUUUGUGUGUGUGUGUUUGUCUUAUAAGCUGUUUCAGAAGGGCUGCAAGGGGAGAGAUAAAAAAUAAAAAUAAUGUAUUGGGUUAGGAAAUUUGAGUUAGGAAAAUAGGGCUCUUAAUUUUUGUUUUGGCAGAGGUCUUGUUAAUGUUGUUCAUUUCAUUCUUCCAUGGCUUUGCAGCAUUUGUGUGUUUCUUUCACUGUUUUCUGUAUUUUCCAGAUGAAAAUUGCUCACAUACUUGCCUUUUAAUAUCUCAUAACAAAUGAUGCUGCUAAGGAGCAAUUGCACUGGAACAUUAUAAUUGAUUUCUAAACCUCAAUGGAUCAAUAGAAUUGUGCUUUUUGCUACAUUCUGUAUUAAAUUUUGUAUUAAAUUUUCGACCACAAACUAUUAUUAGAGGUAUUUGUACUGGACUGAUGUUCAGCACAACUAAUUUUAAGCUAAAUAUCUGUAACAUCAUGUUCCCUUAAAUACUUUGGGGGGAGUGAGUUAAUGUGAAAAUUGCCAUCCUGGUUAGAGUAAUUCCUUUCUUAGUUGUGCUGGAACACAUAUUUUCCCCAAUUUAGUAGUAAAGCUUCUCCUUCUUUCACAGCACAGUCAUGUUGCAGUAUAGUGUGGGCAGGGUUAAAGUUAGAGGAGGUUUAGAGUUAAGUCAGACAGAUGUCUCAGCUACUUCCUUGAUUUUGGGAUAGAUGGGGUGGGAAAGGUUGGGGGACAUUCUUUGCUAAAUGGUGUAUCCCACGUUAAAAAGAGGCAUUUUGACACUUAUUUUUUGGGUUUGAAUCUGUUAGGUGUGCAGCCUCACCUCUGUGCUUUUUCACAGUAUACUUCUGGGUAACAUGGAAAACUGUAUUCGAACUACUAGGACAUAGUUAAUUAGAACUUACUAAUGCUUCAUUAUUUGUAUGAUCAAUAAAGUCACACCAGAAUUGUGGUGGUGCUUGUGGUUCAUAAUAAAACUGCUUACCAUCUUCAGGCAGUGGUUGUUGUUGCAGCUUGGCAUGGGGCCACGAGGAGAGCUGUUGUGAGAAUCAACUGCAUAGCCAGCUGAUGUCAGCAAUGGUCUUGACGGCUGUGGGGAGCUGGCAAAUGGACCAAUUGGCACCCUAGUGGGGGCGCAGUGCCCCAGUGGCAGACCUGACAGUCCCAGUCUUCUGUUUGGUCCACCAUCAGCCAUAAAAGCUGGCUGCGCUGGGUGUGGGGCAUUGUCAGUGAAGUUAACUCUCUUUAUUCAGAGAAACACAGCAGCUCAGGCCUAGUGAGCGCAGCAACUCUUUCCAGUAGAUCUUGCCCCAAUGAGGCAGUUACGAGAACUGAAGGUACCCGCUGGUGCCUGCUGUACUCCUCUGCAUCCAGCCAGUCCAUGACACAGAGUUUAUCAAUAUAGCAAUUGCUAUGGCUUAAAUAUUUAAUAAAUCUUUCACAAUGUCUGUAGAAAGAGGAAAUGGAUCCAAUGUUAGUAUGCAUUUGCUUUAAGUUAUUUGAUUAUUCUGCGAUAGUCUGACCAUUUACUCUUCUGCAAAUGACUGAACUGAGGUGGCAAACAUUAUAAGGUCAGAAUCUGACCUGUGGUUGUUGUUUAGAGUUAAAUAAGAGAAGCCAAUCAAUACCUCAAUGGGUCUUGAACCAACUUGCAAACACACUACAUCAUAACGCAGCAUGAAUGAUAGUCUGGACAUAUUGAAUGAUGUGGACAUUUCAUGUAACUAUUACAUUAAACAUCCACAUUAUCUGUUGUUGUUGUUUAGUCGUGUCCAACUCUUCAUGACCCCAUGGACCAGAGCACGUCAGGCACUCCUGUCUUCCACUGCCUCCCGCAGUUUGGUCAAACUCAUGCUGGUAGCUUCGAGAACACUGUCCAACCAGCUCGUCCUCUGUCGCCCCCUUCUCCUUGUGCCCUCAAUCUUUCCCAGCAUCAGGGUCUUUUCCAGGUAGUCUUCUCUUCUCAUGAGGUGGCCAAAGUAUUGGCACCUCAGCUUCAGGAGCUGACCUUCCAGUGAGCACUCAGGGCUGAUUUCCUUAAGAAUGGAGAGGUUUGAUCUUCUUGCAGUCCAUGGGACUCUCAAGAGUCUCCUCCAGCACCAUAAUUCAAAAGCAUCAAUUCUUCGGCGAUCAGCCUUCUUCUGCAUGUAUUUAGAAGUGAGCCCUUCUUGUAAGCUUCCCAUAGAUAACUGACUGGGCAUUCUGAGAAAUAGGAUGUUGAACUAAAUCAGAUCCAACCUCCAGCAGGACUCUUGCUACAUCCUUAUUUGCACUGAUUUGAAUGGUUACUUAAUUUCAGUAAUAAUUUAUGUUCACAACCUUCAAGUUACCUGUUCAUGUCCUUCUUUCAGAUUUCUGUAAUUCUGUUAAAAUGUCAACCUGCAGACACAUUUUCCGUUUCCAUAUAUAGCUAACAUGUUCAAUAUCAUAAUUUUCCAAAGUUUCAUUACUUGGCAACAGCUUUUCAAAAUUACAUAUUACAUGUUUUUUGUUUUGUUUUUAUGCUGCAAACUGCCCUGAGAGCUAUGGAUGAAGGGUGAUAUGCAAUUUAAAACACACAAACACACAAUGACUCAGAAUUUCUCUAAUUUUCUUCUAGUGUUCAAAUACCUUCUCCAAGAAAAUAGAGACUAGGUUAAUGGCACUUGAUUUUAUUCAUAGUUUUAUUUUGUCAUUUGGUGAACUGACAAAUUUUUUUUAUGUUAGGAACAAAAUCAGAUGAGCUUGGGACAAUGAAACAUAUGUUGAAUGAGUAUGUUAUUUUUGCCACAAAAGCCUGACCUCAGCAUCUCCCCAUCUUUUUUUCUUAAAAUAAUUAAGGUUUAUAAAGAAAAAUACAAAAAUUAUUGUCAAACAUACUUUCUUUAUCCAAACUGAAACAUUAAAGGCAAAAAAGAGGGAGAGGAGAAGGAGGAGGAAGGAAGGAAAAUGAAGAAAAAGAGAAAAGGGAAUAGAAAAAGAUUUAAGAGAGAGAGAAAGAGAAGUUAAUAAACUAAAGAACUUCAGAAGUUCUUUAGAAUUUGAUCUCCCUUUGGAUCAGCUGAUAUGAAGGGAGAGUGAUCCUGCUCAGCACUGAUUUCCUGCUUCGUGUAGCAUUUCAAAGGCUCCUGACAACCAACUGGUUGCCGGUUGCUUUCGGAGCUGGACAAAGCAGCUUUGGUCAAGCCCCACCCUUAACUGUAUGACAUCAGGUGUCAUGGGGGUGGCCAUGGCUUACACAUGGUGGACUCAUGUGCCAAGUGGGGAAGUCUGGUGGGCCAAGAUCGGCCCAUGAGCCAAAGGAGGAUCUCUGAUCUAGAGAUACAGAAGUUCACCUUGGGAGCUGAAGGUCUCUCACCUUUCCUCAGGGGAACAGUACAGCCCUGUGAAAGGUUGAAGGCAGUCUUGAACACAAAAUGAAUUUUAACACAACGUAAAAGAACACCACAAACACAGGGAAUAAUGUCCCUAUGGGAAAUGUGAUUAUGUGGUUAAGGCUUGCCAGGUUCCACAAGGAGGGAUUGGGAAGGAGCAUGUGGUUACGCAAAUUACAUGUGCACUGGCCAUUUGCGUUGCUGAGGCUCACCUCUCUCUUAGAAUCACUACCAUUAAAAGUAGCAAAACAUUUCUAAGUGGUUAGCAAUGUACUUCCCAUACCUUAGCCAGUCUUAGCAUGAAGCUAGCCACAUUCACAGCUUUAUAAUUUCUGGGUUGUGUAGUUAUGUGAACAACAAGAAAAUGAAAGAGGGAAGUGUUCUCAAAGUUUAUUGUAGUUUAAAGGUCCAAGACAUUUCACUAUUCUUUUCCUUCUUCAGGGGCACUUCUUUUCAUUGGAUCACUGCAAAUAUACAUACUGUUAAUGCACACACACAAACACAAAAUUGAGACUUCCUCCUUCAAGCAUGUGGAUUCAAGCAUGUGAACAGUAACAUCUACACAGCAACAAUAGAGACAUGGCUUCAUUUUUUUCAUGGGCUGGUAAAUGUUAAACACUUUGUUUGCGAGGUACACUAAAAGCUAGUACAAAUAUACCUAGAUCAACUAUCAAAAAAUGUUUGAUAAUGUUUGGUGAUUUGAGCAAAUAUAAGGGUGUUGGUUUUUUAAAUAGCAAAUACUAUCUUUGCAAUGUUGCACAUAAUAAAUGCAUUUGCACCUAACUUUGCAAACUCCCUCCAAGUGAGUAAAUAUACCUUCAAAAACUCCCCUUGAAUUAGUUUUGGAAAUUUGCAUAUUUUUGACUUAAAAAUAGAAUUUGUAAAAUAAAUUUCAGUGCUACAAGUGUGACUUUAAAUAUUCCAAAUGUUUUGUUAGUGCAUAUAUCCAUUCAAGGUAGUACAGGAUACAAAGGUAAAUGAUACAUAAAUUAAUCAGUGUAUUGAAGUAGAUACCAUGACUAGGUAAAACAGUAAAAUAUUAAAAUGUCCAUAAUGAGUUUUUAUGGUAAUUAAUUUUAUUUUAUUUUUUUAAAAAAAUUGCUUGGAUUCAAUCCUUCUGCUAUCUCUUGAGCUCCCUGAAAAUCUGCUUUGAAUAUUGGGGAACCCACAGGCCAAAUGUUCCCUACCACAGUUAAUUCUUUCACAUCCUUCCAAUGAGGUGACACUGAACCUGUUGUUCACUUGAACCGAACAGACAUCUGAAGGAUUGGGUGCUUGGAAUAUAAUCUAGAUCAUGGUUAGGCAAACUAAGGCUCAGGGGCCGAAUCCGGCCCAAUCGCCUUCUAAAUCCAGCCCGCACACGGUCCAGGAAUCAGCAUGCUUUUACAUGAGUAGAAUGUGUGCUUUUAUUUAAAAUGCAUCUCUGGGUUAUUUUGUGGGGCCUGCCUGGUGUUUUCACAUGAGUGUAAUGUGUGCUUUUAUUUAAAAUGCAUCUCUGGGUUAUUUGUGGGGCAUAGGAAUUUGUUCAUUUCUUCUCCCCCCCAAACAAAAUAUAGUCCAGCCCACCACAUGGUCUGAGGGACAGUGGACCGGCCCACAGCUGAAAAAGGUUGCCGGCCCCUGGUCUAGAUGAUGCUGGAAAUUCCCAUCAUCCCUAACCAGCGUGAUAAAAAAAUCAGUAGAUGGGAGUUUAGACCAACAAUGUCUGGAAAGCCACAGGUCCCCAUCACUUCUCUUGAAAGUCAGCGAGCUUCUUCCUAGAGAGGCAACAUAACCUGCCAUGUCUCUACCAAGGAUGUUCCUAACCUGGGUUAGAGCCUCCUCUACCCCUCUCUAACAGACAAGGCUCUCCAGCCCCCCACAAGGUCUGAGGGACAGUGGACCGCCCCCCUGCUGAAAAAGUUUGCUGACUCCUGAUCUAGAUCAUGAAACAGUGUCAGAUCUGGACACCUGGACCAUGAAACCCCUGCUCUGCUUUUACACACCUCAAAAGGAAAUGAAGAAUCAACCUGAUGUGCAUCAGAAAAUGUUUUCUCAACCUUGGAAGUAAACUUUUCAUUUCAGGCAGUCCCACAGUAUCUCCAGGGGUUUCUCCUCCCUCCUUACCUUGUUUUUUUCCCUCUUUGCUUCCUCCUAAAGGUAUUGCUUGGUUCAGCAGGAAGUGGAACAUCACUUUGGGGUAAAGAGAUGAAUAAAUUAAAAAUGUGAAGCUGCUGUACAGCUCAUUGGUUUCCUGAACAGUAAAAUAGUGCAACAGAAGCAAUGACUCACAAUUGGCCUUACACUGAUCAGGAAAAGAAUGUGGCACUUUUCCAGUGGACUCAGUCAAAAUGCAAACUGUAAACUACUUUGAGAGGUCAGCAUAGAAUUUUUGAUGCCUUUUUGGAGAGGUUUAGCCUUUGUUUUUUGAUAACUGUGGCUUUUCCAGAAGCUUUUUCUGUGCAAGAUGCUUGAGGUCACAAGCUUGUUUGCAGCAGUUUUAGAUGAGAAUCCAUAAAGCUGUAUGUCAUGACUUUAUCUCCGAGCUCAUGAGAGGGGGGUGAUGCUGUGGCAGGGAUGGAAUUGCACGCAGGAUAACUUCAAGAGAAACUCUGCAAUAAACUAUUAUACCAGCUGCUUAUGCUUUGAAACUGAAGAAAAAGCCUCCCUGCUUCAUAACAGUAUACUCACAACUUAUGGACAUUUAACUUGUGUGCAUUCAGCUUUAUGUGCUUGGCAAACAUUUAAAAAAAAAAUUAAAAGGGAGAGGGCAUCUGGGGAAAACACUAUGGCAAUCCCACUCACCAUUGCACCCAAUGUGUUUUGACUAUAUGCAAGUUUGGCUUUACACGCUAUCCCCCGAACAUAAGCCCUUCAUAAAUUGUGGGUCUACUGUACUUUAAAAACACAACCCUCUUUACAGCAGUUUCACUGCAACAUCCAUGUGAGGGAAAUGAAGUUUGAGCCCAGAGUUCAUGCUGUCACUCAUGCUUUUUAUACAACUCCCCACAUACCCCUGAAGGAGAGAAACUACAAACGGGGUUUCUGGAGAAUUGGACCCCAGCAUGGGCACCCAGAUCAUAUGUUACUUCCCCAAACACGACUUGGAUCAUGUAUGAUCCAAGAUAAGAACAACCAUAAGGUAGAUGAAUAUCAUGAAGCCAUGGAUUAGUCCUGACUCCACAGUACAUGCCCACUGUCCUAUGUUUUAAAUGCCAAAUUUUGACUGGAUUGUGUUAUGGUUUGGUGAAUGAAUACCCCUUUAUGUUCGUAGAUUGAAAAUGGUGUUUUCAGUCAUUAGAUUUGUCUAUAGGUUAUAAAAUGUAAGUGCUUGUAUUUCAUACAUGUUCAUUGUGUACAUGCCAGAAGGACAUUCUAUUGUGCCCAGACCACUACCAGAGUGCAGUGAGGAUUUCUUUAAUUUAGAGUACCCUCCCACAAAGUUGGCAGCCUGAUCAGUGAUUUUGCACAUUUUCCUGUUGUUGCCUCCUUCCAGUAAUCUUCCACAGCAUCCUGGGGCAAGAUAAUUCUUUCAUAUAUUUGCAUCUGAUGUGAUUGGAUCAUUCAAUCAAUCCAGGUGUAGAGAUGUAACAGAGUUGCCUGUCUUCAGAAGAGACUGCCCAUUGAGUCUCACAAUGUAUUACUGCUCUGAGCUAGUUGCCUUCCAGUCAAGAGACAGGGAGCGGCCAGCAGGAAGGGCUGCUGCUGUACAUCUGGCCUCCUGGUAGCAGCAUUGCUGCUGCUCUUUACUGAAUGGGCUGAGAUGCCAGGUUGGGUCUGUGAGGGCUCAUUGGCAGGAGUACCAGGUUGGCUCUACUGGUGCAUCCGUGCAGUUCCCAUCUCCACUGCCACCUUGCCCCUGUCACUCUCAGCAAGCAGCAGAGACACCACGGCUGGGAGGCUAGGUGCUUAGUGUCACCCCUCUCUGCUGACCACUCUGGCAGGAAGCUUAUCCAGAGCCAGUGUGGUGCAGUGGUUAAAGUGUCUGAAUAGUAUCAGGGAGAUCAGAUCUGUAUUAAGCUGUGAAGCUCACUGAGUGACCUUGGGCAUUUCACUAUUUCUCAGCCUGAACUACCCUACAAGGUUGUUGUGGAGAUACAGUUAGGAGGAAUGAACCCUGUAUGCUGCCUUGAGCUCCCCUGAGAAGAGGCAGAUGCCUUGGUUAUCUGAAAUUUGAAAAACAUUUUCAUUACCCAGCUACAGUAGAGCUGGUAAUAGCAGUUUUUUAACCUCUGCUUUAGUAAUUUGAAAUUGAUACUACUCACAUUGCAUGACUUUCCCCUGCUCAUUUUGAUGCUGGUUCUCCCAGCAGAAUGGCAGUGCUUAUCAUUCUGCAAGUUUAAGAAUUUAAUGUUGCCUGAGGUACCAACUAAUAACUGUAGCACAGCAGUACUUGUGCAGAUGCACUUAUUGUUACAGAAAGGCAAAGAGGAAGGAAAUGUGUUAACGUUCUGUUAUGUUCCCUCAUAUAGAUAGAAAGAACUGUGAAUCAGCAUUCUGUAUUUGCAUACACCAUAUUUCUUGGCUUAGAAUAUAUGAAUGCCUAGGCUAAAGCACUUAAGAAUCACUGCCUUAUGUUUUAGUUGUAAGAGAAGGUAGAAAGUCAUUGCACAUAAAUGAGAAAAGAGCAGUUCUUGAUUAUGAUAAUCCAAUGCUAGCUACGUUAAUAGUUGUGUGUUUUAAACUAAUCAUUCGCAUCUAAUUCACAGGAAUAGUCUCACUAACAACGCUCUGUACACUCUCCUGUUAAGUAGAUCCAUGUCAUUCAGAGUAUUGAGAAGAAUUACAGGCUUAUACCUUGUUCUGAAGGUUGCUCCCAUGCUGUGUUUGUCCACAUUAUAAUUCUUGUAUUGCAGAAAUGAGUGAGUGUCAUGGUUUGAAGGGGAAAUAGGAUUUUAUCUAAAACAGUUCUUCAAGGCAAAAUCAGUAAAUAUUUCAACAGAAUAUGCAAUUCAGUCACAAUAAUAAAAAUGGUGAUUGUGAUAUACUUCACAUAAUGUUGCUUAAGCCUUCUCUAACCACAGCUUUGGACAGCUAAGUAUAUGCUUUAGCUGUAUGAUUAAAAUAAAAUGUGUGUUUCUGGGUUAUAUUGUUGGUCCAUCCAUCUAAGCCCUACUUAGAUAUUCUGAUACCUCAUAUUAGUGGGCUAGUUCCCUUCUCCCUCAAAAAAAACAACAAAAUGCUGUACCAUCCACAAAUUGGAGCAUUAAUUUCUGAAGUAUGGAAUCUUUUCUAAAUGUAUAGGCUCCUUGUGCUGUUUAGGACCCAGCUCUGGUUUGCAUUGCAGACAUUUGCCUCUAACUUGGAGAGAGUGGUGAGAACAGUGACAGAGAGCUGAGCUAGCAACUUGUUGCCACUCUUCUUCAUGUGAUUCUAAUUGCAUAGAAUAACUGGAACACUCAAAUAGGGCUAUAGCCCUACAAACUUUAGACAAAAUCUCCAAGAAGUUAAACUAAGGUUAGUUAUACAAAUGGGACCUGUAACACAUGUUGCAGCAUGGGGAUGUUUAAAGUGCCCACUGGCCAGUUGUGUCCUUUCCCAGGAUACUCCAUUCCAUUUUUGUCAUCCUGGUUUUUGGUCCCCACCCCACAACAGUCAGCCAUCAUCCCACACCAGCUGAGGAUGCUCAGUACUCAUUUGGCUAGUUUGUUGUUCUUUUCACCCUCUUCUGGCUAAAGAUUAACACUUGGAAGAUGAGAUCAGUAUUACUGUAUAGCAUGGCACUGUCAGAGUAAUAUGUGAAUCUGUGUCGUCCUGCUUCUGUCCGAUUGCACCUUUACCCACAUCCUGUAGCAAAUUUCCUCCACAGCCUCUUAUGGUUUUCAAAUGGAGCAAUAAAGAGGCUUGAGUAUAUCUGCUAGAAAAGAAGUGUGGUUAGAUCUCCUCAUGUUCUGUUUUGUUCCCCUCUUGGAAAAAGAUAAUAUUUCUAAUAUUCUCACUUUGCUUGCAACCCAUAUGUAUCCUGCAGCAAUGACUUUAGAAGUACUCAGGAAACUGUAACUUGAAUGCAGAAGGGUGCAACUCUCACUCAGAGACUUUGUACUGAUUACUAUGUGGAAUUAUUAUUAUUAUUAUUUUGGGGGGGGGGGGGCUUUAGAUAUUGUUGGAGUCUGAUUCUCGUCAGCCCCAGCCAGUAUGGCCUAGUAGUCAGUUGUGCUGGGAGUUGCCCAACAACAGCUGGAAGGCCACAAAUUUCCCAUGCCUGGUGUAGGACAGUUUACUAAAACUUCUUAACAGCCAUUUGCUUCAUUACUAGCAGUGAGGUUGAUACCUGGACUUUAGGAUUUUCCUGGAUCAGUGGGCCUAGGCUGCUUCUUUAUUGACUUGAGGAUACAGUGUGGUAGGGCAUUCCCCCUUUACGAGGUGUCAUACCUGUAAGGACCCCGACAGAAAAAUUCUGUGCAAUUUUUGGAUAAAAUAAUCCUCCUGGGCAACUGCAGUCUCACCAUCUGACCUGAUAAAAGCAGCUUGGCCUACUCAUCUUCCUUUUUUUAAAAAAGGUUUGAGAUAUGCAAAUCAGCAGGUGAAGGUUUUUAAGGCAUGGAACGAAACAUUUCCACCUGCUAACUGCUGCAGACCUGGCUAGUGGUUAAAGGGCAGCUACAGGACCUGUUUCUAAGGUUGUCAGCUCAAAUUGGGAAUAAGCUGUAUCACUGAAGUUGCUAUCUCAUUAUGGUACUAUCAGUCUUCUAACAGCAGAAUCUACCAUGUGAUUGUGUGAGGUCAGUGUCUGCCACUUUGGGGUUUUUUUACAUGAUACAGAAUUGAGAUGGUUUGAGUGCAGAAGCAGACUGUUUGAUAAACAGAUAUUAUGAGUGAUGGCCCUGCUAGCCAGCCAAAUUCUGCUAUUAAGCAAAAUUUCCUCAUUCUCUUCGAGAUAAAAAAUGGUAAAACGUUUGGAGCAUGAAGCGGUGAUGUACAAUAAUCCAUUCAUUGUUUUAGUCAUAGUCACCUGUCAUAGUAGAAAGGCAACUCUGAAUGUAUGCAUUUUGAAUAUAGUGGUCUCAGCGAGUCACCUUUGGUACUAUGAUCCUGAAAAUACUCAGAACAGAGGUUUCAGUAGUCUAUAGCCAGGCUUCAGUAGAGCAAAAAAACCCCAAACCACUGCAGUUUCCAGCAUAUAUGUUACAUCUUGUCUAAUUAGUUUGUAAAAAUGCCAAAGCAAAUAGUGGAAAGAAAGCGUCAGGGUGAGAGUAGUUUGACUGCUGAAAAUGUGUUGGGCAGGGCCAGAGUUAAAAAAUGCCAUCUUUAUUAUGAAGUGAAAGUUAACCAUUGGGGUUCUUUUAUAUUUUGUUUCCAGGUCAUUAGCUCACAAUUAUAAAUAUGCCCAAAGUGUUCUUUUAUAUCCCUGAGAGCAAAAUAUGUCCUUAACACUGAAGGUUAUCAGGUGUUUGACAGCAGCAUCCAAAUGUCAGGAUGUGGAAUUAGACAUGGUUAAAAAAGAAGAAGAAAAAGUCUGAACUCAAGUUAAAAGAAGUGGCCUGUGUCUGUUUAGCAUCACUCUGGUCCUGUAGUUGGCGGGUGGGGGGGGGAGGGGGAGGAGAGGAAAUAUCUGGCUGAUCUUUGUGUCUCUUCUGGCUGUUAAUGACAUCCUUCUCUCCAGUGUGUUUAUCCAGUUCACGUCUGCCUCCCCCCACCCAUUGCUCUGUAUAUGUUUGCACCUCCACCGCCUAGUGUUCUCUUUGUGUCUGGCCUAAUAGUCCUUUCAUCUCUAGUUGUUUCCUUCCCUUUUAUUUCCCAUAUCCAUCUUCUUCCUCAUUUUGAUCUGAACAGCUCAGGACCACAAUACCUCAAGGACCACCUCUUCCCAUAUGAAACCUACCCAGACCCUGAGAUCAUGCUCUGAGGCCUUCUUCAUGUGCCUCCUCCUUGAGAGGUCAGGAGGGUGGCAACAUGAGAAUGGGCCUUCUCUGCAGGCUCCCUGUCUGUGGAAUGCUCUCCCCAGGGAGGCUCGCCUGGUGCCUUCACUAUACACCUUUAGGCGCCAGGCAAAACAUUCAUUUUUAACCAGGUCUUUGCCUGACUUGAUCUACAUCCUAUACCCUUUUUAAAAUGCUGGCUCUUUUUGGGGUGGGGGGUGGGGAGGUUAUUGGGUUGUUGUUGUUUUGAUUUUUAUGUAUUUGAUAUUUUAUGUGAACUGCCCUGAGACCUUCAGGUAUAGGGCAGUACAGAAAUUAAAUACAUACAUACAUACUUUUGCUCCUCUCUCUUGUACCUGCCCAAAUGCAUUAUCAUGUUCCUCAUUUACCCCAUUAUCCCAGACUAUUUAUUUUUCCUUUCCAUGUUUUUCUACCCCUCAUUUCCUUGACUUUGUUCAACUGAAGCUUAACCCAGAUAAGGCUGAGGAAGUGUUAGUUGGUACCGGAUAGAUGGGAUUAAUCUGCCCUGGAUGGGAUUAUGAUUCCUCUGAAAGAGCAGGUAUGUACGUAGCUUGAGAAAAUGUCUGGAUCCACUGCUAUCACGUGAGGUUCACGUGGUUUCAGUGGGACUGAGUGUCUUCUGUCAGCUUUGACUGGUGCCCCAGCUGGACAGGGAUAGCCUAGCUUCCAUUGCUAAGGCUCUGGUAACCUCUAGGUUGGAUUACUGCAUUGUAUGUGGGGCUUUAAAGAUGGUUAAGAAACAGCAGCUUGUGCAGAAUUCAGCAGCCAGAUUGUUGACCAAGGCAAGACGGUCCACAGAUAUAACACCAAUUAUGGUAUGACUGCACUGGCUACAAAUUAUGUUUCUGGCCUCAGUUUAAAGUGCCAGUUUUGACCUGAAAUGCCUUAAGUUGCUUGGGACCCCAGUAUCUCAAGGACUGCCUCUUCCCAUGUGAAUGAACCCAGAUCCUUAAAUUGUCGUCUGAGAUGUUUUCUUUGUGUCCCUUCCACAGGAGGGCAGGAAGAUGGCCACAUGAGAACAGACCUUUUCAGUGUUGGCUCCCCACUUGUGGAAUGCUCUCCCUGGUGCCAUCCUUAUUUCUUAGGCGCCAGGCAAAAGCUUUCCUUUUUACUUAAUUUGAAGGGUUUCAUACAUUUGUUGCCUCUUUUAGUGUGGUGGGAUAUGUAUGACCUGUCAUCUGCAUAGAUGUGCUUUUUAGGCAUUUACUGGUUGUGUGGGUGUUAUAACUGGUUUUAAUGUUUAUACUAUUUUUGUAAGCCGCUUUGCAUCACUUUUGUGAGGAAAAGCAACUAAAAAAUUAAUGAUAACGUCCCUGUGACUCUUGUGCAAAGAAAAACAGAGUGCUUUUGCAGUUAAAUAAAUGUUAAUACAUGCUGGUUUUAAAACUGUCAACUGCCAUUGGCAUGCAAAAUCUAGGCUUGAUGGAUAGAAAGUUGGAAUGUUAGCACAGAGGUUGUGCUGAGGCAAAGCCUGCAGCAACAAAUCCACAAAUACCAUAGCCAACUGUCACUCUGUCUACUCACAUUCAUUUGGUUUAAAAUCUUUGGUCAAGCAGUAAGCUGUGUUUGUCUGCAGCUGUCCCAUACGUACAGGGAUCAAACUGGCUACCUUGGUAUUUUCAGCACCAUGUUCUAACCAAUGGAGCUAUCCAGGCAAUAUUAUUAGUUAUAGUGUGGCAUGCUGCUGCCUCUUUUGUAUUCUAUGCAGUUUUGUUGUAUUAAGCAAGUGAUACAAUCUUCUAUUCGCACAACUUUCAUUUCAAACAUGACUCCAGUUUGCAGUUUUGAUUCUUACAAUUGAGACUACAAGUGAGCCAUUAAGUUCACUAUUUAUUUCUUAAAUCGACUGACUCUCCCUCCAUCACAUGGUUAAAACACAAGUUUGUCCAUCAUGUGAUCCCAGUUGCUUCUCUUAAAAUAGAUCACAAUAGUUCAUCUGGCAUCUGAGUAGCUUCAUCUGUGAAAAUUGGGCUAUUAAAAGACAUGUUUAAAUGAUCUGGGAGUUAAAAUAAACUGUUUAGACUGUGUCUAAUAGCAGAAUCUUUGUCAUGAGCGCUAGUAGGAUAUCUUGGAUACAUUCCAAGUUCCAGGAUUUGAUCGGUAGGAGUCUUCCAGAUGUACAUAUUUUGCUCUUGGAGUAAGACUUUAUUCAAAGUUCAUUAGCUAUUCUCUCAACAAAUAUUGUCUAGGAGUAGACAUGCAUAAAGCUUUGUGCUAAUCCAUAUGCAUGUGAUUAGCUGGAUUUUUAAAAAAACAACAAAUAAAGCAGUAUUCCCCUUAGCUGUUGCAAGAUCUAAACUGUCUUUUGGAGGGCCAGAUCAUAUUUCUCAGAAUUGCUCUAUUUUUCUUCCAGUGGAGUAGUGUGUCUGAAUUAGCCCACUUGUGUAACUUUCCAAGAUAAGGAUGGCUCUCAUGAUGGACUUUAGUUUUGUCUCUGCAGAUAUUGUGCCCACAGCUGCUGUGCUGGGAAACAGGGGCUAAAGCUUUUGUGGAUUUAGGAAAACCAAUUGAGGGAGCAUAUUAGAAGUUUAUAAAAUAAUGUUGUGAUGUGGAAAAGAUGAAUAGAAAGAAUCCCCUCACCCCCCCAAAAAAAAUCCUGAAUUGUUUGGCACUAGAUUCAGGACAGACAAGGUGUUUCUUUAUACAGUGCAGCUUUUUGUGGUGUUGCAGAUGGGUCAUGUGUCCUAUGGGGAGUAUGUCAGCACAGGCAUGGAAAUCUGACACUUAAGACAAAGAACCACAAUCCUAUAUUCCACUCAAAACAAACAAAUUGUCCUUACCAACCAAAGUGCACAUUUAGUGUUCAAAUAUGUACAUUCAAGGCGCAAUCCAAGAUCCCACUAACUACCUUUUUUGCUUUUUAGAGCAACAGGGCCACUGCUACAUCUGCAGCCCUGCUGCUCAUAGUGGUAGAAGUGGAGAGGGCAGGAUGAUAGAGCCUAACGGUGGCAGCACUAUGCCCACACCAGCUCCAUGCUGGAGCACCAGCCAGCCAGAUGCCAUCAUGUAACAGCAGUGAGACCGGCUCAGGAUAUACUCAAUCCAGGAUUGGCUCAGCCAUUCCACAGCCCUCAGAAUAUCCCAUUUCAGGACUUUCUAAUGGCUCCCACCAGUAUGUUUGGUAGGCAGAAGGGAGAGUCUGGCUUCUGGCACAGAUAAGCCUCCGCUCAAUCAGUCCCCCAGCCCAAUUUAAGGGAAGCUUUCAUUGCUCAGCCUCUUCUCAUCUCAUGAUAAACUGCUUUGCCCAGUAGCUACCACCCUUGCUUCUUGAAAAUUCUGGGUAUUUUGCCUAGAAAUAAAUAAUCUUUCUCUGUGUUCUUCAGGUGUACUUCAUCUUUUUUUUAGGAUUUUUAUUUUUUUUAGGGUCUGUAAUUAGCUUCCCAUUGGUUUCAGGAUUCCUUUAGGUGAUUAUAUUUCAAGUAAGCAAUAUAGGGUACCAUUCACUGAAACAGUAAUACCAACAUCAGUACUUAAAUAUAAAAAAUAUACCCUCCUAAGUAGUAUAAAGGUUUUAGUUCUUUUAAUUGUUACACAAGGAAAUUAAUCAGCAUUUUAAUACAGGAAAUAUAUGUAGUGGGAAACUUUAGUUAUUUCCCCCUCACACAGUGCUUUAAAAUGCUUUCACAUUCAAUGGAUUGCAUCAGAUGGUCUGAAGGUACUAACAUCUACUCCUUUUCUUCCAGUGGCAACAGAUGUCUUCAAUUCCAAAGGUUUGGCCAUCCAGGCCCAGAAGAAAAUCCUUGGCAAAAUGGCAUCUAAAUCCAUAGCAAAUGCUUUGAUAGAUGACACUAGCAGUGAUGUGUUGGAUGAACUUUACAGAGUGACAAGGCAAUACACACAAAGCAAAAAGGAAGCGGAGAAGAUCAUUAAAAAUCUCAUUAAGACUGUAAUCAAGUUAGCAAUCCUCUACCGGAAUAACCAGUUUAAUGAAGAAGAGAUCAUCCUUAUGGAGAAAUUCAAGAAGAAAGUUCACCAGUUGGCCAAAACUGUGGUGAGCUUCCAUCAAGUGGAUUAUACCUUUGACAGAAAGUUUUUGUCAAAACUCUUGAAUGAAUGCAGAGACCUGCUUCAUGAAAUCAUUCAGCGUCACCUAACUGCGAAAUCUCAUGGACGAGUCAACCACGUGUUUGAUCACUUCUCAGAUUGUGAAUUUUUGGCUGCCUUGUACAAUCCAUUUGGAUCUUACAAGUCUCACCUUCAGAGACUCUGUGAUGGUGUCAACAAAAUGUUAGAUGAAGGGAAUAUAUAAGUUACUGCAUCGGUGGUGUAUAUUCAUAGGCUGAGGACUACUGAUGGUCUGGAUUCAAUGAAGGAGGGCUAGAAAAACUGUGUGUGGUAAUGGCAAAAUUGAGUACCAAAACAAAUGCUAAAUAUUUAGAAAUUUCUUCAUCAAAUUGACCCAUUUAUUUGGAGUCAUCUAUUGCUAUUCUUUUUUGCAGUACUUUGCUUUAAAACGUGGAGCAAUAAAGCCAUGAAACGGGAUUACUUGUGAAACAAAGCUUUUGUAAAAUAGACAGGAAAAGUGUACAGCAAGAUAAUCAGAAUCAAAAUGCAUAUUUCUACAUGUAGAAGAGUAUUUAUAAUCCUACAAAGGAUCAAUAUUUUUUUAUAUACACAAAUCAUGACUAUGGCACAUAUAUGAUAACUGGAAUUAGAUUUAAUAGAACCUAUGCUACUUAAUCUAGAUCCAUAUAUGCUAUACAUAAAUGCUUAGGUCACAUGGUCUUAGUUAUACUGUUAAAAUAGUUCUGCUUCGUAGGGCUGGUUCUCAUAUAAGACAGUAAGAGACCACACAGUUGCCUUUGAAAUGUGCAGGGCUGCCGCCAGAUGCAUCUGGAAAAACUUCAUUGGCAUAAACUGACAUCUGUACAUGGCAGUCCCUGUUCCCAUAACGAUAGUAGUAGUUCAUCAAGCUGUUGUCCUGUGGUUAUUGCAUCUGCAUAUGCUUCACAUGUAUUGGCAUGGUUUCACAUAACAUACUUCCAUGGAAGACCAGUACAUCCCACCUCUAAACCUCGUGGCAUGUACUCUCGAGGGAAUUCACAAAGGCUGUUUCCAUAUGACCCUACCCUUAAUCAUAUCAUUUAAGGCUUUGGAUUGUUAAUCUAUAGUACCAUAAUUUUGUGUGCUUUAUCAGCUGAAUGGUCUGGAUUUGAUUGAUGUAUUGCUAUUCUUAGUUGGCUACAGUAAUAAAGUGUGGCCAGGAAAACUAUACAUUAGUAGUGUGUGGUUAAAUGAAGCACCCAUAUACAUUUUGCCAUUCUGCUAACAAUACCAUCACACAAACCAAAAAUUAGCUUAAUCGAAAAUUACUGUCAUCGCUAAGGGGCUUGCUUUUAAAUAGAAAUUGUCCUAAAUAUUCCAAUCCCACAGUGGGCACAUGGAGUUCAGUUUGCAUAUGCCUUUUCUUAUUUCUGUAGAAGAAGGUACUUCCAGAUCAAGUUCCUCAAUAAAAUGAGGCACCCUGCAUGCACAAGUCAACAUUUUGUGUAUGUGAGCACAUGAGAAUCUAUAGUGUGGGGUGACAAAAUACAGUAACUAUUUUAUAUAUACCGUAUUUUUCGCACCAUAGGACGCACUUUUUCCCUCCUAAAAAGCAAGGGAAAAUGUGUGUGCGUCCUAUGGAGCGAAUGCAGGGGGGAGGCAGGCGGGAAAAGCCCCCAAGAGCCGCACACAAGCUCCGUGCGCUCUUGCGGGCUUUUCCCCAGGAGGGAGAAGGGACUGACUGGCCGCAUCAGUCCCUUCUCCCACCUCCCAGAAAAGCCAGAAGCCACGAUCUCUUUAAAGGGGUUGGGCGGCUUCUGCGGGCUUUUGGGAGAGGUAAGGGAAUCCCCCCACCUCCCAGUAAAGCCCUGCGCAGCGUCUCCCGGCAAGGAGAGGCUGCACGGGGCUAAAGGGGAAGCCAAAACAGCGAGCGGGAUCCAUCCCGCUUGCUGCCUUGGCUUGCUCUAUAGCUGUGCGCAACCCCUCCAGCAAGGAGAGGCUGCACGGGGCUAUGGAUUCUUAGCCCUGGGCAGCAUCUCCUGGCAAGGAGAGGCUGCACGGGGCUAAAGGGGAAGCCAAAACAGCGAGCGGGAUCCAUCCUGCUUGCUGCCUUGGCUUGUGCCAUAGCCCCGCUCAACCCCUCCGGCAGGGAGAGGUUGUGCACAGCCUGUACACUGCUCUUUGGGGCUGGGGGGGGGGAAUAUUUUUUUUCUUGAUUUCUCCCCCUAAAAACUGGGUGUGCCCUAUGGUGCAAAAAAUACGGUAUAUAUAAAUGGGUGGUAUUGUGAAUCUGCAAACCAUAAGUACCAGCACCAAAUUCUGAACGAUAUUGUGUACAUUGCCUCUGAAACAGAAGUCACUGUGUAGAACCUAGAAUAAAUGUAUAGCAAAUAUGGUGAAAUGCAUCUUAUAACUGCAGCAGCUUGUAUAAGAUUUCUUUAAAAUACAAUAUUGAGGUGAAAAUAGGACUAUCCAAAGGAAUUUGCUGAAAAUGUAAUGUUUUUUGUAUGUCACACAAGUCUUUGCUGAUUGCCAAGUUUUAAAAAGAAUUGUUACUAAAAGAAUAUAUUCAUUAUAAAUGCUGUGCCUGAUUUUCUAUGGCAAAACGAAUCAAAAAAUGGAUAUGCACUACUUAAUUAAAUCCAAGCCAUGUUGUGUUCCUUCUUGACAAGUCUCUAAUAAUUUUUGUACAUGCCAUUUCUAUUAUGGGUAGUUGCUUUCCCUAAGGUAUUGCAAAAUAUAUGUUUUAUUGCUGCGGGAAGAAACUUGAUUUCCCUUAAGUUUUACCACUCAUUAGCAGAGUUUGAGAUCAUUCUAUUAAGACUUAUUUAGCUGCCCUUAACACCACUACAUUUAGAUUGAGAUGGGUAUAAUUCAAAGCAUGGAGAAUGCCUAAGAAAAAAUAUACACUGGUACCUCUGGAUGCAAACGGGAUCCAUUCUGGAGCCCCGUUCGCAUCCUGAAGCGAACGCAACCCGCGUCUGUGCAUGCGCAGCUCGCAAUUUGCCACUUCCGUGCAUGCGCGUGACGUCAUUUUGAGCGUCUGCGGAUGCAGCAAAACCCAGAAGUAACACGUUCUGUUACUUCCGGGUCGCCGCGGAGCACAACCCAAAAACGCUCAACCUGAAGUGUAUUCGACCCGAGGUAUGACUGUACUAGAAAUUUGAGUGCUAUCAAACCCUGGAUAAUGUAUAAUACUUCUGUUAUAUAGGUGGCACAUAAUAUUCUAAGGCUGCAAUCCUGUACAUACCUUAACUGGGGGUGACCCAUUGAACUCAGUGGGACUUAUUUUUGAGCAACCAUGUUUCUGAAUGUGUUAUAAUUGCAUUUUAGCUGGCAAAAUGUCAUAUUAGAAUAUCAGAAGUGGUACAGAGUAGCUAUACAAAGCAUCAUCUAGUGGAAAAAGAAAUCUAUGGAAUAAAUUACUGAACAUUUCUAUAUUUGUCUACC